UAAUUUUUUUAUCUUUAUUUUGUUGAAAUGUUCCUGACAAAGUUAAUAAAUCUGAUUUAAGUGAUUCUUUUAAGCCUUUUAGGAUCAGACCCUAAAACACACAGGAGGAGGUUUAACAGCGUGGAGAUCUGAGUCCUCCAGAGGGGGAAAAAAACUAACAUCAGGUCAUUUGUAAAAGCCAGAGCAGUGGCGUCAUUCACACACACACACACACACACACACACACACACACACACACACACACACACACACACACACACACACACUCCACAGCAGCAGCUCCAGGACUCUCUCUGCUGCGUGUAUUCCCUGUCCCCCCCCUGUGGCUCCCGCUCUGCUCUGAAGCUGUCCGCCCCUUUCCAACAACAAUGCGCGUUUGUUCGCCUGAUGUUCGUCUGGAUCCGGGAUCAGGAGGAGACCCUCAGACUAACACACUGGUUUCUGCUCGUCGCUGGACUCCUGUGGACUCCACUGUGACUCCGGGGAGGACUCCUCUCCUCUCCUCUCUCCCCCCUCCACAGAUGUUUCAAGAGAGCACUCACUACAACCCGCAACUUCGUGCGCAGCAGCAGCCGCAGCCGCAGCAGCUGUCACGCAGCCAAAAGGACACAUGCUUCGGUGUACUUUAGCGGGCGGGUCUUCUCCAGAUAAUCUCCGUUUACAUUACUCGUCAAGACACCCAAGAGUUCCCGGUGUGUCGGCUGUGCGUCAUCCCCGCCUGAUUAGACUUUGACGUCGCAGAGACACAAAAAGGAAAACAUCUGAACUGACUUACAAAGAAGAAAAAAAAAACCCACCCGGACUGACGAAACCCACUAUCAGCACGUGGAUCAACAAGUUGCACCGAGUGCGUAAUUUCCAUCUGAGCGGCGUUCAUCAUAAUCCGCGACACACGUGAUCGACAAAGCUGCAAAUAUUCCUCAUCUAUCAGGACAGAGGAGCCCGGACAGUCCGCCGAGGAGACCCACUCUGUCCUCGGGAGGGAGGAGGACUCCGGCUCCAUGCCUCGCUCGGCUCGUCCCCACAUGGAAACUUUGCGCACCCGGCAGGCUGGACAGAGGAGCCCCGGAGAAGACCUCUGAAUGACCGGGACCACUGAGAGUCCCGCUCCUCUCUCUUCUCGCCUCCCCCGGACUGUUGUAUGUGUUGUUUACCCCGCCGGUUGAAGGUGUCCCGCGCCGUCAGCAGAUCUCGAUUCGGCGGUGGGUAGAUCCAUCAGCGGCAAAUGUCGAAGAAACGGAAAAGUCCUGACGAGCCGGACUUCGAGGAAUCUCCUUCUGCAGGUGGAAGCGACCAAGGUAGGAGUUCGUGGACAGCUGUGUGACACCUGCAGGUGUGAGUGUUUGGAGGUUUCCUUGAACCCUCACCCUCAUAGACCUUUAGCUGCAACAUCAGAGCCGUCCGAGUAUUUUUAUCCCUCAGAAACAAUCUUGUGUAUAGCUGCGGAUUACUUUUUAUAAUCUCUCAUCAAUCCUCGGUGGAGUGACAUUAGUCUGACGUUAGGUUUGAUUCAGGACAGAUUUUUAUUUCAGCCACAGAAGGAAAUCCAUUAAACUCGACCUGAAGUCAGGAGGGUCGGCUCCGCUCAGAUAAAGAGGAACUUGUUGAUCCAGUAACUGGAUUUGGAUCUGAAGAGCAGCUGUGGUUCAUGAAGCCAGACUCCAGUCCGGCUGUGAAGGCCCAGAUUAUUUAUUGACAUGCGUAGAAGUCGAUUCAGAAGAACAGUAUCUCAGUUAUGCGCCCACACAAUGAGAACUUUCUACAACACAGUCCGAGUACGACCCCGGUGUCAUGAGAGUCAGGAGAGCCUGAAAAAUGUGGUUUAAAAAUCAGUAAAAGACGAUAAAUCGAAAGUUAAAACCAAGAAAUGACAACAAAGUUCUGAUAGAGGAAGACGGGGAGGUCCUGAUCUUCAGAAUUUAAUGUUCUGUUGGAAAGACAACUGGACUUACUUGAGACAUUUAGCCUCAAGUGAGUCCAGUUGUCCUUUCAAUGAAGAAUUGGAAAUCCUAGAUGCUUCAUCCCCACGUGUCUUUGCGGACGUAUUUUUUAGGUUACUCGUCUCUUUCUUUCACACUUAAAUUAUGUACAAAUUUUCACGUUGGAUCCAAUAAUCCAAGAACGUUCCAGACUUUGACCUUUUGACUUUGACCGGCGUCCAGAAAAAAUAGAACUCUUGUGAUCAGCUGAGGAGUCCGGCGAUCGGCAGAGGAACGGAAAGAAGUCGGUGUAAAUUGACACGUUAACUUGAAUGGUUACGAUCAGCUACGAUCGGAGGAUACGACCUUUUAGGAGACGAUCAGGAUGAAGGUGGAGAUCGGGGGUUAGUCUGACGUGUACCUGCAGGAGGGUGACCAUAUUCUAAAUCCCCCAAAACAGGACACGAGUAAGUGGGGUGGAGUCGUGCGUGAGGGUCGGGUUUAGUGUUUUUUACGAGCUUCUAACUCAGUAAAACGCAAAUUGUGCCUUUAAAAAAAACAAACAAACAAAAAAAGACAUUUUAUCUCGUCUUUUUUUUCACUGUUGGAAACAGGCUUCCAAACAAAACUUUGGACAUUUGAGGGUUUUAUAAACUCCCCCCUGACAGGUCGGACAGCCCCCCAGGAGAGGUCAUGUCCAGGUAAAAAAGGAUGUAUGGUCACCCUAACCUGCAGACUCUGUGAGCCUUUGUGUUGUCCAGGUUUAAGAUCAGAUUCAGACUCUUCUCUGACUGGUUUUCUGACUGUUUUCUGACUAUUUUCUGACUGUUUUCUGACUGUUUUUCUGACUGUUUUUCUGACUGUUUUCUGACUAUUUUCUGACUGUUUUCUGACUGUUUUUCUGACUGUUUUCUGACUGUUUUCUGACUGUUUUCUGACUGUUUUCUGACUUUUUUCUGACUGUUUUCUGACUUUUUUCUGACUAUUUUCUGACUGUUUUCUGACUAUUUUCUGACUGUUUUCUGACUUUUUUCUGACUGUUUUCUGACUUUUUUCUGACUAUUUUCUGACUGUUUUCUGACUAUUUUCUGACUGUUUUCUGACUAUUUUCUGACUGUUUUCUGACUGUUUUCUGACUGUUUUCUGACUGUUUUCUGACUAUUUUCUGACUGUUUUCUGACUAUUUUCUGACUGGUUUUCUGACUGUUUUUCUGGCUGUUUUCUGACUGUUUUUCUGACUGUUUUUCUGACUGUUUUCUGACUUUUUUCUGACUGUUUUUCUGACUGUUUUCUGACUGGUUUUCUGACUGUUUUCUGACUGUUUUUCUGACUGUUUUCUGACUGUUUUCUGACUGGUUUUCUGACUGUUUUCUGACUAUUUUCUGACUGUUUUUCUGACUGUUUUUCUGACUGUUUUCUGACUGUUUUUCUGACUGUUUUCUGACUGUUUUCUGACUGUUUUCUGACUGUUUUCUGACUAUUUUCUGACUAGUUUUCUGACUGUUUUUCUGGCUGUUUUCUGACUGUUUUCUGACUGUUUUUCUGACUGUUUUUCUGACUGUUUUCUGACUUUUUUCUGACUGUUUUUCUGACUGUUUUCUGACUGUUUUCUGACUAUUUUCUGACUGUUUUUCUGACUGUUUUCUGACUAUUUUCUGACUGUUUUCUGACUAUUUUCUGACUGUUUUCUGACUGGUUUUCUGACUGUUUUCUGACUAUUUUCUGACUGUUUUUCUGACUGUUUUUCUGACUGUUUUUCUGACUGUUUUCUGACUGUUUUCUGACUAUUUGCUGACUAUUUUCUGACUAUUUUCUGACUGGUUUUCUGACUGUUUUCUGACUGUUUUUCUGACUGUUUUCGUACCUGUUAGUCCAAGUUUGACUCUGUUUGAGCGUCUCUGAACCUAACCCCAGAUCAGGAUCCUGAAGGGCACAGAGGGCUCGCGUUAAGGAGUUUCUUCUCUCUCCGCUGACAGACAGACUGUAACAUCAUUAAACAUCCGGGUGAUCCUAACGGCGUCACGUGAAGAUCACAGUAACUCUGUGUAAAGUUUAGAUCUAGUUGUGUCAUCAGACAAAAGCCAAUAUAAACAAAGCUCGGCGCUCCUGAACGUGACUCUUUACCGAGGCGUAAACAGAAGCAGCUCAGCUCUUAAUCUGAAACUCAGGGAGUCCUCUUCCUGGAGAUUUCAGACGUUUGGACGGUGGACUGUGACGGUGUUUCGGCGUCACCUCCGGCACAGAGGCGAGUGCUGAACCACCGCACUGUUCAAGGUAGAUAUACUGGAAAAACAUGAAUCAAUAUUUCUUCUUUAGUGUGUCGUCAUGAAGAUGAGUACACAUUCAGCUGCAGAUCAAACUGAAAAACCAACAUGUUUGACUCUCCCGGUUUCUUCCUGUGUGUUCAGAAAUGUGCAGUUUUCAUGCAGACGUGUAGCUCUCUAUUCAUCUUCACCGCACUGACUGGUAAACUUGAACUGGAUCAGAGAUCUGGUGAUGGUGGAGAUGAGAGGAUAGCUUUAGGGUGCAGAUGGACUCAGAGUUUGUGACUCACACUGCCCUCUGCUGGUGACGAGGGGUCUUUUUAUUGAUUUACUCUGAAUCAAACAGGACUGAGAGGGUUCCCUGAGAGACUCCAUUUUUAAAAUACUUAUGUCCCUCCUGAGACUCAGUGAGAUGAAAACCUCUUUAGACGUCCUCAAACCGGUUGGCGACUAAAGCCCCGUUUAUACGUACAGGGUUUUUUUUUUUUUUUAAACCAAGACAUUAACCAUCUUUUGCACCCUUCAUUUAGACGCAAACUGAGAAUUCUCCCCUGAAAGUGAUGCUUUUUAAAAUCUCCGGCCAGAGUGGAGAUUUUGUAAAACUCUGUUUGCACGUAAACGUUUGGGUAGCAGACGGCCGAUUCUGCACAGAAAAGAGGAAAGUGAUGUUGUUGUUGUUGUUGUUGUUGCCGUUACGCAGGAUUCUGAUUGGCUAACAUGUGUUUGGCAUGCUCUUGACGGCGUAUAUACACGGGGUAGCGUAAACGAGAACUUUUCUGAAAACAUAGUGGUGUGCAUGCAGUUUUUUUUUUGUAAACGGUGACGGUGAAAUAGCCGGGCGUGUGUAAACACAGUCUGAAGCUGCUGUGGAUUAAACUGGCCGACUGUGAAUCCUCCUCCCACCAGCGCAGGAGUCGCCUGUUUACCCUCUUUCUGGGACCGAAGUCAAAGUUUCUUUCUUUACUUUCUUUUAGAGCUUCUGUGAGGAGACCAAACCAAACGAGAGAAUUCUUCUACAGUUAGCUCUAAUGAAGCCUUCCCCAGCGCACAUCUUUAGUAGUUCAGUUUGUACGUUUGUCUGCAGGUAAAAUCAGCCUGAUCCAUGUUUUUACUCAUGUACACUUUUAUUAAAUUCUCCCCGGAGCUCUCCGUGUUUCUCGGACCUGCAGACGUGUUUGUUCGCAGACGCUGUAGACCCGUUUGCAUCACGCUCUUUGGCUCAGCAUCUUGUUGGGUCCACGCCCAAACCAGAGUUUCCCUCGGCUAACGCAGAAGGAGAGCCGGGCGCUUCCUUCCCCGACUGUGCCGACAUCUGUGACCACUCAGGGGGUCCACACCCACGGCACCCCUCCCACUCGAGACUCUGCCAGCCUGCGUCAAAGCAUGCCGCCGUCCUGCGAUGCUCUUCUGUUACACGACUGCAACAAAAUCCUCUUUUUGUCAAAAUCAUGAAGUAGUGCCUAAUCUGCUCCUCUAUAGACCAUCUGCUGAAGGUUAAUACUCUCAAGUCCUCCUCUGAUGGAUCCAAAAAAACAUUUUCACAUGAAAUCAAACCAUUAGUGAUGUGAGCGUUUAUCCACAAUAAAUAUCUGCAGUUAUAAAAACAGACUCGUACGUUGAUGCCUCUGAAUGUUUCUGCACUUGAACAGAAAAGGAGAACCUGGACCUGAGUCUGCAGGUUCUCCCAGGACAGCCGCUCCUGUAGGAACCUGUUUAAAAAGGACCAGAAGGUCUUUAGUUUACAUGUGAUCCCCUUAAAAAAAACACCUGACGGGACUUUUCUCUGAAGGGUUUUAUCUCCAGGUGUUUCCUUCAGAGGGGGCGUGUCUUACCCGCCACCAAUCCGUAUGAGCGGUCCGUAGAUCGACACCCUCACCUGUGAGAGCUUCACUCUCAUGUUGAGUCCGGACUCUGAAGAGCCUCUUAUUGUUGGUUUGGUCCAGAGUGAGGAGUCAGCUCAGUAAGAGAGCCACCUAGUGGUCCUAAUGUGAAUCACAGUGAGGGACCUACAGGGUCUUUAUUUCAUCAGAUUAUUAUCAUAAAGGUCAUUUUAAUAUUUUUGUUUUUCUUUGAUACGUCAGCUCUGAUUGGAUAUUUCUGCACUGACAGACGUUCAGACACUAGGGGGAGCUACAGUCUCAAAAUCUGAUCCUGGAUCUGAGCAGAAAACACGUUUGAUUUCAGUCUUUAUUAUAUUUUCUCUUUUCUUUCCUUCUCCUCUUUCUUCAUUUUGUUAUUAUUUUCAUCACUUAAAUCUAUUUUAAUUUGCAGAUGACUAAAAGUAACUUAAAGUGAUUUUACUGUCAGAGACGGUUUCAGAUCAACAAAGUUUGCAGAGUCAGUUAAAGACAUGAUGAAUAAAAAAAACAUUUAUUUGUUUUAUCGUUAUUAUUGUUAAAACAGCUAAUACGUUAAAAUAUGUUUAAUUAUUAUUAUUCUACACUUUAAAACUCGACCAUGUGUGAGCUGUGUGUCUGUCAGUGUGUAUAAGAGUGUGUUUAAGAGUGUGUGUAUUAGAGAGUGUAUCAGUGUUUAUAAGAGUGUGUGUGUUUCAGAGUGUGUGUGUGUGUGUAUAUGUGUGUGUGUGUGUGUGUGUGUGUGUGUGUGUGUGUGUGUGUGUGUGUGUGUGUGUUGUCAGUAAACAGGCUGAUCUGACGCCGGCCGCCUCGGUCCGUUCUGAUGUUUGCGGUGCAGAGAGACUGACAGGUGUUCAGGUCAGCGCCCUUAUUUCUCACCUGACUCAGACUCACUUUGUUUGACCUCCAAUGAGAGCGGACCGUCAGAGCUCCGCCCCCUCAGACACUCGCCAAACCCUUUCAACAUUUAGCAGGGUUCUCCUUUUUCACCUCCUUGUUUUACAAAGUUUUCUCCUCUUUGGUGAUAAAUUAUUUCAGAUGAAGAAAGUCACUGAUUUACUCUCUGAGAGUUUCCUACAUGCAGCUUCUGUUAAAAUCAAUAAAUCAAUCAAACUUUAUCAAUAAAACAGUUUUCAUACAUAAUAAAAACGUGCUGUCCAUUCAAGCAGGAUAAAAAUACAAAUACAGAAACACACCAAACCUCCCGACUCACACACACACACACACACUCUCACACACACACAUACACACUCUCACACACACACACACAGACAAUCUAAACUCUCAUUUUUCAGCCUCAUAUUUACAGAAAAAACAUUUUAAAAUAUGAAAUAACUUUGUUUAUAACCCGACUGUCGGAAACACUGAUCGGUUUGUAAAUAAGUGACGAGAAAAACACUCACAGCUUCUUCAGAGUGAAUCCCACAUUUGAGCCGCCGCCUCUUCAGCUUUAAGGUCAGCAGAGGGCGCUCUACACCACCGAAACAAACCUGAUAUUUACAGCAGGGUCUCUUAUUUAUAAACGUGAUUUUUCAUCAGAUUCUUGUACAUGUGUAAAAGAUUUAAUCAUUUAGUGAGAAUAAAACUGUGUGAUUAUUACAAAGAGGAACAUUUCAGCUCUAUAAGCUCGAAUUUAUCGAGUGUUUUUGUUUUAUUUCUCAUAAAUGUGUCUGAUAAUCUUAAUUCCAGACACUGCAUACUUAAAAAUAAAAAAAUGAAUUUCCUCUUAUAGGUGCAAAAAUCUGCAAAUGAAAAAUUGAAAAAAUUUCCUGAGGAGUCUAAAAAUUUCUGUCAGAAUUUUGUCCCUCAUCAGGAGCCGUAUGAGUCUCAAUUUGAUGUUUAAUAUCAUAAAAUCAUUUAUUUUGUGAGAUUUAAACCUAAAAUGACAAAUUAAUCUAAGAAUAAGACAAAAACACACGGAUUAGAAUUUCUGCAGGAAAAAAAAAAUAUUAGAAAAAUAUAAUUAGAAUUAAAAGGUGGAGAGUCAGGGAUACAAGAGCAAUAAAGGCAAAUGAAAGAAUUUAAAGUAAAUAACAUUAAAACAGAAGUAUUUAAAUAAAUGAUGAACAGUGGUUCAGAUAUAAAACAGCUGAUGAAAAAUAAAAGCACAGAAAAUCAGAAAAAAGCAGCAUCACAUACAGAAAUAUUUAAUAUACACAAAUUAAAUAUACGUAAACCUUUUAGGGGGAAACGUGCGUCUGACAGUCAUCAACACACCUGUUCACCACCUCACCUGUUCACCACUUCACCUGUUCACCACCUUUAUCUCCUCCAUUGAUCAGACUGAACAUACACUGAUAAGACUGUGUAUAGAUAUAAAAGAUAUAGAAGAAAAAUCAGGAUGAGGAGCGUUCACUCAGCUGUUAAAAUAUUUUAUACUUCAGCAUAGAUCUGCUCACACCGAUGACUCUACACCAGAUCUGUAAUGUUUAAAUGUAAUAGAACAAAAUAGAAUAGAUUAGAAUUAAAUAGAUUAAAAUAAAAUAGAUAAGAAUGGAGUAGAAGAGUAUAGAAUAGCACAAAAGAGUCAACAUUAGAAUAGAACAGAAUAAAACAAAAUAGAAUAGAUGUGAAUUUGUAUUGUCUCUGAAACAGCGUAGAACAGGUAAACUAGAAUUGACUGUCUGCCUCUAUAGUCAGCUCAUUAUUAUAUCAAGUUUUAAAAAAGGACAAAAGGGAAAAUAAAUGUAAGAUCAAAAAUAAAAAACAUUUUUAACAAAAAAGAGAAAAUUUUAAAAAAUUACAGAAUUUAAAGAAUUUACAGAAAAUUAAAUUUAAAGACGAAAAAACAUUUUAUUAUGAAAGAGUUUAAAGAACAAAAAUGUCUUCUGUUAGAAAAUGUUGUGUAACGUCUGCAAACAAAGAGAGUGUGUGUUUCUGCACCCCACUGCACACACACACACACACACACACACACACACACACACACACACACACACACACACACACACACACACACUGUGUAACAUCACUCAGCUGUAAAUGAUCAGUGUGUUGAUAAGGCUGCUGCUGUCGUUAGCAUGUCAGCUCACACACACACACACACAAACACACACACACACACACACACACACACACACACACACACACACACACACACACACACGCUCCACAGGCAGAGUGUUUGCAUCGUACAGCAACAAGAGAGGGUGUGUGCAUUUUGUAGAGCCGGCAGUAACUCAUCCCUGUGUGUGUGUGUGUGUGUGUGUGUGUGUGUGUGUGUGUGUGUGUGUGUGUGUGUGUGAGGUGGGAGCAGAGCGGCGGCGGUCUGAUGGCGAGCUGAUGAGGUCAUGGCUCAUGUCUCCUUGCUUGCGUCAUCACCUAUAGGAUGUGACUCCUGCCAGCAGAGCUGCAGCUGCUGCUCCGGUUGUUGCAACAGUGUCUCUCUCUCUCUCUCACACACACACACACACACACACACACACACACACACACACACACACACCUCUCACGGCGUGUUUUAAGCUCACAGUCCUCGCUGAACUGUGGCGCCCAGAUAAUGGCUCCUCCUCCUCCUCCUCCUCUUCCUCUUCCUCUCAGAAUUGAUCAUCAGUAUCUUCAUGAUUGAAAAUCACUAAAACGGCGUUGACCUCCUGCUUCCUCUCGCUCGCUCGCACACACGUUCUCUGACUUCCUGUUUUUUUUCUGCACUUUUACAAGAUUGCACGGUGGUGAAGCGUUUUACAGAGCAGAGAGACGUCAGCACAGAGAAGGAGCUCUGUUUGCUUUUGUUUUGUUUUGUUCCUCUCCACAGACCUCGGACCACACGCUCGUCAUCAUCAUCCUCAUCAUCAUCAUCAUCAUCAUCAUCGUAGUCAUCCUCUUGAAAAACGGAUGUGCUAAUCUAGGUCAGGAUGAAACACAGAAUAACCAGGAUCUCUCUGAGAAAAUACCUGAUCUGCAUUUUGACUUUUGAAGAAAUUAUUUUAUCCAAAACCUGCGAGUCUGUGAAUCUGAAAUUUUCUUUUUCUUUUUUUAUAUUUAGAUUAAAGUCAAGAGUCAAGGACAACUGGACUUACUUGAGACGUUUCGCCUUAGGCAAAACAUCUCAAGUAAGUCCAGUUGUCCUUUCCAAACGAAUGUCAGAUUUUGAUCCAUCAGACCUCAGGACAGUUCUCUCCCUCGUUCACCUGACCCCCGAUUUCCACCUCAUCCUGAACGUCUAUGAAAAGGUCGUAUCCGCCGAUCGUAGCUGAUCGUAACGUCAAUUUCCACCAGCUUCUUUCCUGAUCACAAGAGUUCGAUUUUUCUGGACGCUGGAUAAAUUCAGCACAGAUUAACCCGUGCUGGAAAGGAAGUCGGGCACAGACACAAAAUAAAACAUCCGGCUUCUUUUCAAAAUAAAACACUCCGUGUUUCAGGAGGAUCGUAUUUCACACCAUGCAAACGGGCGGAGACGAACAAGUGAAAGGUUUUUAGACGUCAUUUCACCCCGAUGACACCAUGGAUGAGGAGAUGCUGAUUCUAGAAGUCUAGAAGUAGAUUUCCUCCUCUGGAAGGACACAAUCUACUGCUUAUAUGUCUAUGUGUCUGUCUUUAGAGAGACAACUCAUUAUUGUGUGAUUGAAUGUGAAUCUGCGGGUUCUUGUGAGUUUUCAUGAUUCCCGUUGUCUGUAAUCCAACACGAAAUUCGCCUCACAAACGGAUCCGGUAGAAAUUGGCGUACGGCGAAAAUCGCCUCUGUUCCAGGGAAGUCUCUUAUGGUUCUGGAUCCUGGUUCUAUCUGGUCUCCUCCUUCAUGGUUCAGUCUGAACCUCAUUAAUAGAUUCAGUGAUGAUCUGUGUGUACAGUCGAUGUUUUCUGAAGUGAUUCUGAGUCCAUGCUGUGAUUUCCACUCCAGAGUCCUGUCUGUUUUUAAUGCCCUGAAGAUCAGGACCAUCCAGUCCUGGUUCUGGUUCUGGUCCCUUUAGUACAGAGAUUUAUUCUGAAACUGUUGAAUAGUCCCUCACAGAGUCCUGAACCUCUUCCUCUGAAUGUCUUUUUUAGACCCGAUCAUGUGACUAAACUGUCGCUCUGAUUUCUCGUCGUUAUAAAAACAGUUUUUAAAAAAAAGUAACCAAAAAUAUUUUUCUUAUAAAAUUCUCUUUUUUGAUUUUCCGCUCUUUCUGAUUAGAUCUAGACUUUAUAGAAGCUGUAAACCAUCAGACUCUGUCUUAUAAAAUUUAAGUUGUGGAUCUAAAAUAUAAAUCUGGACGGGUUUAUUAUUAUUAUUAUUAUUAUUAUUUAUUUUCUUCUUCUUCUUCUUCUUCUUCUUCUUCUUCUUCUGGUGCCUGAGAGCCAUUUUGUUCCUGGUUGUUGGGAUCAGCUGUGAGCUGCAUAUGUUUCCGAGCGUCAACAUGAGCCUGAUGGCGGUGAACAGCUUGGUGUUACAUAAGGGCCGCAGAUGAAUGUAUGGAAAAUGAUAAAGAGGUGUUAAAAAACAACAAAAACCAUCAUCUCCUCCUCCGUCUCCUCUGUGUUUGAAAACUGGAGGAUUUUCUUCAGAGGGAAUCAAAACGCUCCACGUCUGCGCAGACGCCUUUAUAUGUCGCUGAAUGGUGCGGUAUCUGUGUGUGAUGCACAUAAAUUACAUUUUACUGUGUGUGUGUGUGUGUGUGUGUGUGUGUGUGUGUGUGUGUGUUUUAGUGUGUGUGUGUGUGUGUGUGUGACAAACGUUCAGGCAUAAUUUGUGCCAGCUCUGUGACGUAGAGGACAUGAGGGCCAGGCGGAUGCUGUGAGUGGCAGUAACAGCGUCUCCGGCUCGAUCCUGCCCCAUCUCUGACUUCAUUGGCUCCAGCUCUGACGCAAAUACACCCACCGACCCCCCCCCCCCCCCCCUCCUACCUCACUCCCCCCUCCCUACCUCUCUCCCCCCUGCACACUUCUUUCAUCACGCUCCUUUUUUCACCCAUUUAAUUUUUUCCUUCUCUUUUUUUUGAUUCAUGUUCUGCAGAUCCUCCACUGCAGCUCUGCUGCACACAGCUCCACAUCACAGAUCUGCACCACCUGAGCGCGCUCGCUCCGUUUCCUCUCAUGCUCUGACGCAAGCUUUAUCAUCAGUUCCUUCAUUUAUUCCUCGCCGUAUCGUCCACGUAUAAUAACCUCCUUUUUUCUCUGAUGGAUGAUAGUCAGUGUGCGAGCGUUAAAGGUGUCGAAUGAUCUCUGUAAAUUUGUGGCUCAUAUACAGACGACGGCUCAGUCAUCUGCUGCGUUUAAAGAGAGGGUCAUGUGUGAAUUAGGAGCAAAUGUAUUUAAUGCACAAACAACAUCAUGCAGAUUAAAAUUUAGUGCAUUUUGAGUCCAGAUUUUAUUUAGUUUUUAAUCCUUUUGCUUGUGAGGAGGCGCACAAAUUCAUUUUUAUUUUCCAUAAAUUAUCAUCUUUAAUUCAUGACAAACAUUUUUCGCUCUUUAACUGAAAUCCUGAAGCUGUAACCUGAAGCAUGAGACUGAAAAUAUUCGGUUUUAAAACACGGGCGCUCAGGUUAGACUGCACAUCUGGUUCAGCAUUAAUCUAACCUGCUCACAGUGUUUGAGUCUCGGUGUCGGAGCAGAGGACUUCUGUUAGAGCUGUAGAUGUUAAAGAAGAAGAAGAAGCUUCAUUCUGCAUUCAGAGUCAGCAGCUCCGCCGCUCUGAUGGCUGACAUACUCACCUACGUCACAGUGUUGGUUUUUUUUUUCUUUCCUUCUGUCUGGAGUGACCUUUUUUCAGGUCGCACCUGUUCUCAAAAACACUCUCAGCUUCCAGGGUUUGCUUUGACCUCUGACCUCUCAGGUCUAUAAAUAGACAAUGAUAGAAAACUUCAGGGAGGUUUUUAAUUUGAUCAUUUAGGGCUUCACACUAACUUUGUUCACAUUUUCUCCCAAGUUUAAAAAAAAUAAGGAGCACAAAGAACUUUAGGGGAACAAUGAAAACUGAUCAAUAAUGUCUUAUUGUCCGACCUCAGUACUAUUAUUAGAAAUCAAUCUUUCGGCCUUUCCUGAGAACAUCAACCGGUAAUUUAUUGACGGUCCCUUAUUAAACACCGACGUUGACAGUGAGGGUGUCGAGUAGAUUUAACCGCGCUGCUGUUGUUAUUCCCGGUUAUGGAGAGUGAGAAGACACCGGUAGAUCCUCAGAGAAUGUCCGUCAGAUAUCCAACCUAAAACUAACUUCACCGCCGUAUUUACAGGAAAAUAUAUCCAACCUGAAACUAACUUCACCGCCGUAUUUACAGGAAAAUAUAUCCAACCUUAAACUAACUUCACCGCCGUAUUUACAGGAAAAUAUAUCCAACCUAAAACUAACUUCACCGCCGUAUUUACAGGAAAAUAUAUCCAACCUAAAACUAACUUCACCGCCGUAUUUACAGGAGAAUAUAUCCAACCUAAAACUAACUUCACCGCCGUAUUUACAGGAAAAUAUAUCCAACCUAAAACUAACUUCACCGCCGUAUUUACAGGAAAAUAUAUCCAACCUGAAACUAACUUCACCGCCGUAUUUACAGGAAAAUAUAUCCAACCUGAAACUAACUUCACCGCUGUAUUUACAGGAAAAUAUAUCCAACCUGAAACUAACUUCACCGCCGUAUUUACAGGAGAAUAUAUCCAACCUAAAACUAACUUCACCGCUGUAUUUACAGGAAAAUAUAUCCAACCUGAAACUAACUUCACCGCCGUAUUUACAGGAAAAUAUAUCCAACCUAAAACUAACUUCACCGCCGUAUUUACAGAAAAAUAUAUCCAACCUGAAACUAACUUCACCGCCGUAUUUACAGGAAAAUAUAUCCAACCUGAAACUAACUUCACCGCUGUAUUUACAGGAAAAUAUAUCCAACCUGAAACUAACUUCACCGCCGUAUUUACAGGAAAAUAUAUCCAACCUAAAACUAACUUCACCGCCGUAUUUACAGGAAAAUAUAUCCAACCUAAAACUAACUUCACCCCCGUAUUUACAGGAAAAUAUAUCCAACCUGAAACUAACUUCACCGCCGUAUUUACAGGAAAAUAUAUCCAACCUAAAACUAACUGUCCUACGUCAGAGACGUGACUCCACCCCAUCCAGUCCGUAACAAAGAGGGAAAAACAGUUACUGUGGGAGUGGGUGAGCAGUUAAUGGAGUAGUUAUCGUCCAUUUAUCAUUAUCCAGGUGAACUGAUCAAUAUAUCGUGAUAGCCAGCCCUAGUAGAGGGUGCACCUAAUUUAUCGUUUCAACUUAGAAUUGGAAAUCAUAGAUGCUGCGUCCACUCAGGGUCCACUCGGCUUGUUUGAGGAUCUGCUCUUUUUUAUUCUGGAUUAUUUUGUGGAUUUGUCGUCUCCUCUCUGAUCACAGUUUGAGGUUUCUCUGCAUGGCAGGGAUCAUGCGGUCGUCCUGCAGCAUCUUUGCCCGUGUUGUCAUAGCGGACUGAAAUUCUUCAGGAGGUGUGAAAUUUUUCGAAGCGCUCUUAAAACACUUUGAUUUGUCGCUGAAGAUCCUCAGGACAAGUUCAAUGAGAGCGUUUCACCACGAGUGCACAUCUGCUCUGGAGAUCAGAACAUUUGGUGCCAGAAGCAAAGAUGUCACAUGUGGUUCAGUUGGAGAACUGUUUAUGGGUUUGUGUCUUUGUUUGUCAGGGACUUACAGAGUCCGAUCUGGAUCUGACUCUACACGCUAAACUUUGAUGAAUCAGCACUUUCCAGCUCUGGUCCUUUUAGUCCGGAUCCAUCACAGACUGUGAGAUCGGGUCAUUUCUCAGACUGUCUCUGUGAGGUUUUAAGAGAGGAGUCAGGUCUAGACUGGACUAGUCGCUGUUUUUAUGUGUUUGUUGUGAACUAAACUGAGUUGGAUAAUCUAGUUCGCCUUAUGCAGCGUUUUGGUUUCUUUGUCUCAGGGCUGCUGAACGAUUUUGGACAAAAAUAAAGUCCAGAUUUUUUUCUCUUCAAACUCGAUUUUUGAUUUUUUAUUCAGUGACAACUUCACCAAACUUCUCUUUAAAAAUUAAAAAGUUUUUCUAUCAUCUCUCAAAAUUAGACCACUGAAAAUGAUGUAGUGCAUAUGCCAAGCCAGUAGGUGGCGCUGUAACGGUCGUUACAUACUGGGAGCAUUUUGUUUGGUUAUUUCAGACGUCAAUAUUUUUUUUCGAACCCAUAUCCUGUCAAUACGAGCGUUCACAUCAGCGACAUUUUCCCGUCCUGCGAUAAUUUUUUUGUUUCACGGUCGAUUUUUCUAAAGUUUCACGUACUGUGUGUCCACUUCUGACCAAUCAGAUUUCGUGUUGUUGCGAUGUCUGUGGAUGAAACGCCGAUUUGACAAAAAACGUUAGUGUUUCCUCCUUAAUUCGUUUCCAUGGUGACGGGUUAAUACCGCCUUCAGACAGACUUUGCAGCGGGGAGUGGUUUACUCUUCAUCUGAAACUGUGAAUUCGUACAAAUUCAACACGACUGACUCACUCUUGUCCUAUUUAACCACAAAAUUAUCGCCUUUUUUCCAAACGCCAUGUUUAGAGCGCUCUUACAGGAAGGAGGGGGAGCCUAUGGUGGCCUGGAGACGACGGACAUGAUAGAGAGGGUUUUCAUUUUUUUAACAUAGUCAUAAUUAAAUAAUCUGAUUAUGAUUUAAAAUUGAUUAAUCGUGCAGCCCUACUUUGGAGCAACAUUAGCAGGGUCUCUCGGUCCUGGAACCCUGAGUUCUGGUCCUCAUUCCCGUCAUACUGGAGGUCUGCAGAGGCCUCCAUCGGGUCUCCAUGGUUGUUGAAGUCUAAGGUUUCUGCAGAGGAAGUAGAGAAGUCGGCAGAAUCCUAUAUCACAUAUUGCACCGCGGUACGAGUCCAUAAAAGGAAACCCUCACCAGAUCGCCUGUUUCCUGUUGACAAGGAGGGACGCUCAGGCAGCUGGAGAGAGAGUCUGACCUGACGACUGUGUCCCUGCUGGCCCGUCUGAGCGGUUCCUCCUCUGAUGAGACAUUCUGGACUCUUAAUUUACUAACCCUGUAAGAUCCUGUAGAAAGACCGUGGACUGAGCUCUCAGUUUGGAUGGUCUUCAGACUCAGACUGACGGGCCGCUGUAGGUCCGCCUGUUUCUGCAGAAGGUUUAUCUGACGGAGACGGAGCGUCACCUUAAGACGACGAGGACGACCGAAUCUCACAGUUUGAUUCCCACAUGUCUCACAAGCCUGAGGUUUGGUUUCAGUUGUGGGUGUUGAUGACGUUCCUCGCGCUCAGAACGACGACUUCUGUGGCUUUUUGCUCUCUUUUCUUUUCACCUCAGACGCCUUUGAUUUCUUCGGAGGAGGACUGCAGCGUUUGUGUAGCGAAGACAUCUUUGUGUUUGUUGGUUUUACCGUCUCGACUUUGUCUAUUCAUGUUUUUUGGCUUCUCACUCAUGUCUGAAUCUUUGGCCAUAAUUCUCCAGCUCUUUGACAGUGUGUGUGUUUUCUCCUAGAGGAUCAGGUCCAAGCUCUUGAACUCUCAGCUUCUCCUGCAAAGAUCUCCUCUCAAACGGCUCUUAUUUCAGCUCCGUUUGCACGACUCUCCUCUCUUUUUCCAUUUCUUCUGCAGAGAUCUUCUCUCUCCUCAUGACUCAGACCAUCCUGGUGUAGCUGCGUACAUGUAAACAAAAACUGCCAUGAGUCAGCGUUUUCCCAAAACUUUAGUUUUUAUCGUCCGCGCUGAAAGGACUAAUCUGUGGUCUGAAAAAUGUCCACGCUGGAAAACCUCGGUUUUCUGCUGAUCUGAAACUCGGUUCACAUGUGGAGCUGAGGUCAAAACACGAAGUUUUUAAAAAUAUCUGCAAACAUGUGAACAGCGCCGGAGUGAGGGAAAGUCUCCGGAGACACGUAUUCCUGAGAAAAACCUUCCCACUGUUUUAUUUUUGCUUCCUGUUGGUCUGUCUUUUGUCUUCGGUGGCCUUUAACUGAGCAGAACAUCAGCGUCCGUCACAGAGCUGAAGAAGCUCACAGUCCAAAUACGAGUGAAUAAAACCUUUUAUAAAUACUGGACCUUCAGCAGGUGAAGUCAGUAAAACUCUAAUAAGACCCUCGGUGUGUUCCAGUGAACCUCAGGCAGACAAAGAAAAACAACGUCACAUUAUUCAAACACGACGACGACGAUGAUCGGCUGUGAAGAUGAAAAAAGGAAGAACAGAAACAGAGAGAUGUUCAGAACAUGGAGCGAUGAUAAACAAAGAUGUCAUCUCCUCUCCUGGGACCGUGAGGACGUCUGAGCCGGCAACAGACCUUUCCUCUGGGUCCGUCUACCGGAGCGCAGCCUGACGGCGCUUAUUCAGUACGCCAAUUAUCAAGGCGGCAGAGGGCAGGUAACGGCGUGCUGCGCUCUGUGUUCCUGUUAACCUUAACGAUACACCUUUCUCACAUUUGUCCUGAUGGAUCACGGAGCCGUGACGUCCUUUGACGUCACGUUUCAGACGAUCCGCAUUGCAGUCACAUGCAGAUGUGUGCAAACCUGGACUUUUCCGUUUUUUUUUGUCAUGAUUGCAUUAUUUCUCGGCGCAUAAAGAGCAAACAGAGGCGCGGAUUCGCUCGUCGGCUGUUGAACUAGUUGCGAGCCAAGCUGUGAAGAUGUGCAUAACUCCCUCAGCCCCCCAGGGACCCUGUAUUUUCAUGGGCCUGCCUCUGACGUCAAUGCUCCGGCUGUCCUGUGGAUUGUCAGAACAGACUAUUCAGUUGGGGGGAGGGGACUGGAAGUCUCUGUGGUGUGUGUCUGCUGCAUGUGAUGUGUGUGUGUGUGUGUGUGUGUGUGUGUGUGUGCAUGGAUGUAAGUCUGCUCAUGUUUGCGUGUGCUUGCAUGUGAUCUGUAAAUGUUUCACUUACAUCUGUGUGUGUGUGUGUGUGUGUGUGUGUUUGCAGAAAGCUCGUACAGUGCCUUGAAUCAGAAAUGUGCUUAAGUGGAUGAGGUCUGUGAUGUGGGGGUAGGGUAGGGGGUGAACACACACACACACACACACACACACACACACACACACGUCUGAAGAUGUGCAGCAGCAGCAGCAGCUCUUAUGUCAGAGACGGAGGCCGCAGUCAUCAGGAGGAUGUUCGCUAAAAACAGCCGAGAGGACGACGGCGAGUUAGCGUGGCUGCAGACGAGCGCCUCCUCGCUCCUCCAGUCAGCUGUUGAUCCUCCAACCGAGCCAUAGGAGACGUUUGCAUGUGACACACACACACACACCCACACACACACACACACACACACACACACAGAUCCCAUACUAAGACAGAGCAGAUUUCAGCCUCUUUCAUCAUCACCUUUCUGAUUUCCAUAAACGUCUCGGUGACACUCGUUACAGCCGUCCGCUCACACAUGGAUCAGGAUUUGGUGGCAGGACCGUGUUGACGGGUCCACGCUGACAUUUGAGUCUGUGGUGCUUUUUACUGAAACACAAACCAGGAGCAGAGAGGGACUCAGACCUGAGUUCAUAACCAAAAAUUCAUUUGACUGGUUUGACUGGAACAGAAGUAUUUAUAAUGUAUUUUAUCAAAAAAUAAAAACAGAUCAAAUGUAUGAUAAGAAUAUGACUUACCAGUAUUUUAUGUUAAAUCGCUGUUAUAAACUAAACAGCCUAGAUUACGAGAAGAUACUGUAAAUCCUCAAUAAUAUUAUUUAAUAUUUAUUCUGCAGAUGUUUUAUAAUGACCGGGAUCAUGAGCUUCAUGAGCUUUACAGCUUCCAGUCCUGUCAGUGGAGGUCUGCAGUCAGACCCCUCUCCUGAAGUUUGAGGUUACUUCUGUCAGCCUCUCCUCUCUCUGCUGCUCAGAGCUGCUCUGUGCACUCUCCUCCUGAUGACGCCACAAUUAAAAAACAAAACACAAAAAUAAAAUUAACAGUAAUAGAAAAAAAUAUAUCCUUUAGUUGACCAAAGCACGACUGUCCUUCUAACAAAGUGGAUUUAAACUAAAAUAUAUAAAACGAUAUUUAGGGACCGUCCUUCAGUUUGGUAAUUCAGCCUCUCUCUCUCUUCCUUACUCUGUCCCUCUGCUUUUCAGAACCCUGAUAAUUUUGUUCAGCAUUAAAGGGAUAUCAAACCCACCAUAACAUCGAGUUAGACCCCCCUCCAGAGAUGAAUGUUGUCGACCGCUUGCUUCUCUAGUUAUACCAACUUUAGUAACGACCGCAGGAUAGAAAUACAGAGAGCCACGCCCCCAACCAAAACGCCACUCUAUAGCCACAAAUAAUGCUCAGAACAGCACCUAACUUCAUCAACAGGACAUAUAGGGUCACAGACAUAGUACUAGACACCAAACAUCUUUUUAACUUUGACUCAUUUCUUUAGCAAAGAGACUAAAUACAACUCACCUACUCUCUUCCAGCAGACACUUGUUUGUAGAGAGACCUCAGGCCAGUCCAUUACAGACUACAGCGGGGUGCCGCAGCUCAAGGAAGAACAUUUAUGAUCAUACAUCUCUCGACAGUAUGUCUAACUUGGUGUUACGAUGUUUUUGACCCUGAACGUCUCAAACUGUCGGACUGCUUUUGAGUCUUUUCCUGGUUUUAGUCUCAUAAACGCUCAAAAGUCUGAAAACACAGCUGUCUGUCUGUCUGUCUGUCUGUCUGUCUGUCUGUCUGUCUGUCUGUCUGUGUCCCGCUCCUCUUUGUGUCGGUGGUGGUCGGGGUUUAUUUCAUACAGAGUGGGCUAAUCUAAACACAGUGGAAAUAUCACUCUGACAGGUCAACUUACUUCCUGUUAUGUAAUAAUUAUUCAAACAUAAGAACGGUCGCUCGGCUGCCUCUCAGCUCAGCGGAUCAGGAGGGUUCACCGGCGGGUCACAGACGCCGUCGCUGCAUCCCCUCAUGAUCUUCAGAGUUCCCCAUAAGUUCCUCAUCCUUCACCGUCUCACGUAAGCUCAUAAACUCACAGUCGUGAACUUUGCAGGAGACGCUUUAAAGCAUUUGUUUUCUGUCCAAAUUUCUGCACAUAAGCCGCCGGGAGAGCAGGGAGGGGGCAGAGAGGUGAGGACUGAAGCAGCUGACGUCCCCUAAACCUCGUCUGUCUUUCAGUUUACAUCCCACCUUAUUUAUCCUUAUCUCUACCAGGAUUCAGGUGGAAUAGCUGUAAAAAUAAAUCUUUUAUCUGCUGAAAAACUCUCCAAACUGAGAAGUUUCCACCCUGAAACAAAAAGGCUGAUGUCCGAUCAAAGAUGGAGGCAUGUAUCUGUCCUCAAUAACGGAGUUUACUUAGAUUCUUCUGACACUUCGGAGUGAAGAAAGCUGAUGUUUACGUCAAAGAGGAGGUAGUUUCCUCUCUUUAGAUUCAGUCUGAGCAGCAGAGAGAGAGAGAGAGAGGAGAGAGAGGAGAGAGGAGAGAGAGAGAGGAGAGAGAGGAGGUGUGAUGUUAGACGUGACCUCUGAAUGGACCAGCUGCUGGAGAGUGCAGGAAUGCCAGAGAUUGAUAGCGCAGAUGCUGACGUAACAGGCCUCACCUCUCCCUCCCUCUCUCUCUCUCUCUCUCUCUCUCUCUCUCUCUCUCUCUCCCCCUCUCUGGAUAUGAUCAGUAUGUAACGCUGCGGCGUCUGGCGCUCUUCUUUCUGCUGUAUCAUGUUGCCGGUUCAGAGCUGUUUGGGUGCUCUCUGAUUGCCGAUGAUAACACGUCUGCAGAGGUGGAGCUUAGAGAGGAGCUCACUUCAUUUAGAGCUUAAUGUGGGAUCAUAAAAAAACCUCCAACAGGAACCUCCAACAGGUCACAUGAUACACAUCUCAGACCAGGUCUCUCUCUCUCUCUCUCUCUCUCUCUCUCUGUGUGUUGAAGAAUAUUCUGGAUGUCUGACUCUUGUAAAGUGUGACAUAAACCUGAGCAGCACAGGCAGUCAUGAAAACCAAAGGGUGAACCACAAGGCUCCGUCCUAGUCCCACUACUGUUACUAUUUUUAUAUUGAUGAUAUUUUAUUUUAAACAAACUGUCAUGUAGAUUUUUAUCCUGAUGACGCAGUUUUGAAACACGUACUCGUGACAUUUGACCCCUGUGACCUCAGUUAAAUUUAGUGGAAUAUGCCUUUAAAGAAAACAUCGCCUGACCCCCGAUUUCCACCGCAUCUGGAACGACAGCAAUUUUUGCCGUCCGCUAAUUCCUUCUGGAUCGAUCAGCGAGGCGAAUUUCGUGGCGGAUUACAGACAGCGGUAAUCGCGAGAACUCACAAGAACCCACAGAUUCACGUUCAAUCACACGAUAACGAGUUGUCUCUAUAAAGACAGACACAUAGACAUAUAAGCAGUAGAUUGUGUCCUUCCAGAGGAGGAAAUCUACUUCUAGACUUCUAGAAUCACGAUCAGCUACGAUCGGAGGAUACGACCUUUCAGUUGACGAUCAGGAUGAAGGUGGAGAUUUGGGGUUAGCUGCCAAACAGCCGAUCCGAUCUUUGAUGCUCACUGAGAUGUCCUGCUGGUCAUCACGAGGGCGCCCUCACUGCCUCCUCUGGACCCUUUGACCUCUAAUGACUCUGAAAGUCCAGUUUGCUCGGUCCGGGUCAACGCACAGCACAGUGAGCCCGGUAAGUGUUCGGCUCUUCCAGGUCACCCUGACAUGGCGGUCCAGAGUAAACCUUAGGACCGGGUCAGCUGGGCCCAGAGUGAGUCCACCUUUACGGCGCGCGUCUUUCUCAUGCUCGUACUGAGAGAUCAGUGGUCUGUUUAGUCGUCAGUCAGCACUCAUGGAAAUCCCCUCGUAUCAGGAUAUUAGAUUAACAGACGAAAACAAACUGAACCACCGUCUUCAGAUUCAUUACAGAGAAACAACUGGUCCUGUUUCUGAUAAUCUCAUCAAGAGACGUUAGACUAACUCAGACGCUGUUUCACAAUCACUCAAAAACUCCUCUUUUAAAGGAACUGCUGUUGCCUCACAGACGUAAAAAAAACUCAAACUGACUCAGGAAGUCUGUGGCUGACGCUCGAAAAUGAAACUAAGAUCCAGUCCUUGAGUAAUCCUGCAGUUUGACGUCUUUGCUUCGAUGUUGGCUCUCCGUUUUUUAUCUGAUUCUUCUGCAGAAAAUAAAACGUGAGGACGAUCGGAUUAUCAGUGAAUUUCACUUUAUUGUCGGAUCAUAACUCUGCUGAGCGCUGCUGCGUGCUCUCUGUGCAGUAAUUUGCAGAGUUAGGACUUUGCUAAAGGAACCGAGCUCAUUGAUUUAUUUCGUCUUGCCAAUUCGAGGAAAUAUUUACAAUUAUAAUUUAUGCAAAUGCACGCCUGAGUUCGCCUGUGAAAUAAAUCAAUUGAAUGCAUUUCUUUUUCUGAGAGUGAGACUCUGCAGAUGUUUGAACACCGAGACGGAAAAAAACGACCAAAGAUGGAUUUUUCUAAAACAGUUUGUGACGUUCAAGAUGGUGGUUUUUAUCUCUGUGCUUCAUAGACGCACACUUUCUUACAUUUCUGCUCUCACUCUGCUGAUUGAGUCCUUUUUAAAAAGGUCAGAGGUCAAAGCAUCUCAUUUCCAGCGCUCCUUUUCAUAAACUUGUGUUUCUAAAUAUGUGCUGCAGUUUUUACGGUUUUAUUCUCGACAUAAAUCUCGUGGCCGUGCUCUUCUCCUCUGUGACCACCGAGCCGUGGAUCAGGAAACAGCAGCGUGUCUCCGGAGAGCGCCGGGCAUGUGGUUCCGCCCCUUUUACGCAGCCAAAUUCAGGAACAGGAACAACAGCGUCAGAGAGAGCGGGGCGAAUGGGUCAAGAGCGCGCGGGUACAGGAAACAAGGACGGUGUACUUUUCAAAAUAAACUAACGGGGAGAAGAUUGAAUAGUGUGGAUGAAAUCUUUGUAGAGAGUGAAAAUCGACGCUUAAAUUAAACAUCGAUUAAAGUCCGGGUUGACGAUCUGGAUUGUUAGUGACUAGCGGCAGUAAACGCCAGCUCUGACAGCGAGCGCCGUCUGCAGCUGCCUGGACAGCUACCGUGUUGACGUGUCAGAGACUAAUCAGAGUUAUUUAUGUAACAUGAGAUAAAAGGAGAUAAAAAUGACCUGUUCAACUAAAACUCUGCUGUCUCUGCGUCUGUUUUCUCCACCGCUCCAAGGAUGACCCGAUGGUUAUUCAUGUUAGAUUCCUCGCUUGGUCACAUGUCCUCUUGGACUCCGCCCUUUCCUCUGUCGGCGUUUGCGUUUUCGGCAAACAGAAGUGUUUUUUUUUUUUGUGUCAUUCUCCAUCACAGCUCCUGUAGCUAAGCUGCUACGCUACUUUUAGCCGCUCAGAGGAGAGCCAGGAGGCGCUUUCUUCUGUUUUUGUAGGAGGCUUAGGGGAAAGUCCCGCCUCCUUCAUCUCUGAUUGGCUACAAAAGCUGGAAAUGUCAUUAUACGCUUAAACCCAACGCGAGCUGUCGGCUCCGUACAUCGAACAGAACAUUUUCGCACUUCUGAAUCUCCUAACCCGACAGAUGAUGACGUUUCACAGCCAUAAGGAAUAACCAAUCGGAGUCCAGCACUUCUAGCCAAUCAGAGGCGAAGGAGGGCGGUGAUGGGCGGAGGUGGGCGAUGUUUCUGAGGUGGAAGUAGGCGGUUCUUGUGAUGUGGUUGGUAUGUUGUUGAUGACACCGAGGUUCUGGAUGUGUGGGGAGGGGAGCAGAGUGGAGUUGUCGAUGGAGAGGUGGACGUCGUUGUGGGCGCUGUUGAUGGAGGUCUUGGGGCCGACGAUGAUGAUGAUGAUGAGUUCUGAUUUGUCGGCGUUCAGCAUGAAAAACACAACAAAUAAAACCAUCAAAAUUACCGGAUUAGUCCAAGAAUUCUGAGACACUCAGACAAAUUCUCACAUGAUUGAAUCAGAUAUUGGUCCGGGCUUUUAUUUUGAAAAGCAGAGCGGAAGUGUCGCUGGUUAGUUUGGUCGUACUUGACGACAGCGCUCUUCCUCCUCCCUCUCUCUCUCCCUCCCUCCCUCCCUCCCUCCGUCUCUCUCUCUCCGUCGGUGUCUCUCCGCCGUCCUCUCCGCCGCUCCAGUCCGCUGCUGCCGCACAUCCACCACGGAGCCACCACGCCGAGGAGGCGGGCCGACUGUAGCGACACCUCGGCCAGCGGUGCUGGGUCAUAGCGCUGGUGGAGGGUGGGGUGGGAGGGUGGGGGCAGCUCUCUCCGCUCUUCUUGCCCUUCCUGAAGCUUCACCCACAGCCUGAAGCAGUGAGGACACCAUCACCACCACCUCCACCUCCACCUCCUCCUGAGCUCCGCGCUGCAGACGGACUGGAAUAGUUUGGGGUUUGGAUCAGACGCGCCAAGUUGCAGCUGCAGAGGCGCACUUUUCUCCGGGGCUCCUCUCUCCUUCUGCGCUCACAGUCCGAGAUGGAAGAUGGUCCGUCUUCAACAAGCUGUUUCAGAAGGUUAACGGACUGUUUCCUGGGUGCAAGUAGGUAUUUUUUUAACCAACAUAUAAACCUUUAAAGCAGAGCAGAGACACAGAAACCCUGAAUCUCAGAAUCAGAGCGGAACAUCCAGAGAACAUGGACAGAUUCUGGUCCUGCAUGUGUGUGUGUGUGUGUGUGUGUGUGCGUGUGUGUGUGUCCAACUUUAUGAAUGACAGAUCGGUAGCUGCUGCUGCUGCUGCUUCAGAUGGGUGUGGACUGAUCAGUGUGUUUCUCUCCGUCUUUAAUUUUCCUGAUAAAGGUGUAAAUUCAUGAGCCGGACCCUCUCUGCAGGAGGAGCAGAGAGGAGCAGAGAGGAGCAGUGCUGCAGUCAGACAGAGAAGUCUGCAGCUCCUCCUGCAGCUCCAAAAGACCUCCUCAGUUAGAAUUUAAUCUGAAAUAAAAACACCAAACAUGUCAAAGAAAACUCAAAGAAAUUAGUUCUCUGAUCACACAGACGAUCAUUUUCACGUUUUGAACCAAACUUCAUAUUAAAAAUCCUCGUUUUUAUCCUCUACCUGUAGAUUAUCUCGAUUUUCCAGCUCCCUCCACAUGUGAGCAUCACUUUUAUUGAAUAACUGCGACGUUUUUCCUUCUUCCACUCCAGUAAAUUUCCUCUAAUUCUGCCUGUAAUGACAUUUUCUCGUCGCGCUCGCGGCCCCCCUUCUCUCUGCUGUCACUUCAUGUGUUUGGGUGUCCUUGUUUUGGUGCUAAGGGAACAUCUCCUCCAGUGUCAUUUAUCAUUCCUGUCACUCGUUCUCUCUCUUUGUGUGUCUCUCUCUCUCUCUCUCUCUGUCCGUUGUUUCAGUGGCACCUCAUGUGACCUUUAGUGGCAGCUCUGUAAUAACAAGUUAGCAGUUUGGGGCCUGGGACAGCGACAGACGCCAAAGUACACACAUAGCAGUAAACUGCAGUCAUGGAAUGUAUUAUUGAGGUACAGUAUGGAGGUAACCCGCCCUCGCUGACCAAAAAAGGAGAAGAAAUGUCGUUUUGACGGCGCUCGGACGCUCUUUAGAUUCACCAAACAACAACGGCAGAGAUGCUCGGAGAGUUUAGAGCGCAGGAAACGGCGAAUUAUGACGAGAGAAAGGGGAAUACACGAGAGUCUGCUUCCUCGCCUGCUUCAACAAUCACACCGUGGUCACGGCGAAGCUUCUCCUUAAAUCUGAAUGAGGCGCAGGUCGACGCCUCUUUAGUCGGGGUGUGAGGAAAGAAUCGCAGAUGAGAUUUAAAAAUAGAAAAGCAGUCGACAGCAGAACACCUACUGCAAAAACUUAUAUAACAGCAAACAAUGGAGGAAAAACUGAGAAUAUUUAAUGUGUGCAAGAAGAAGUUUAUCAGCAGGGAGAGCUGAGCGGAGGGUUCAUGCAGGAAUGUUCACCGAGUUUGUCGAGUCAAAGUUCACAGAAAUAUGAACAUCCAUGUUUUCACAGAAGUCUUUUCAUUUUCUACCUUCAGUUUAGGAGGAGAAUCGGGACGUUUGACGAAGAGUCUUUUUAAGAAUUAUGUCCAAAUUCAUGUUUGAGAAAAAAGGUCAAAGGAGACGUCACAUCGGCGAAUUUCUCCGAUUUAAAGAGGUCGGAGUCUGACGACGUUUCUGAGAGUUUGAUUCGAGAACAUCGACAAACUCAGACUCAGAAACACCGAGGAGAAACUUCCAGAAAGUUUCCUCAAGUUUAGAGUGAAUCCAUCAUAUUUACCGUUUUUUAAUGUUUCACACACAGAUAUAAAGUUUUCAUGUACAGUAGUACACACACACACACACACACACACACACACACACUUUUUACUUGUUUUCUUCUGAUUUUAAAUUUAUGAUGAAAUAAUUUCUGUAUGAAACUGUAUGAGAGCUGUUUCAUCAUGACAAUUAGAUAAACCUGAGAUCAGAAUUAUUAAACUCAGAUCUUCAGGUUUUGAUGAAAAUACUGAAUUAGACGUUUUUAUUCUGUGUUAUAAAAACUAUUAACAUUAAAUCGGCGACUGCAGAUCAAACAGAUCGAUCAGUUUUUGUAAAAACGUCUUUAAAACAUUCAGACGAAAAUUUUACAUUCGACUGUAAUUCUGAAAAAACGACGACUCAAUUUUAGAGCAGCAGACGUUCGUUUGAGCUCCUGAGCGUUAAAGCCUCUCUGUCUGUCUGUGUUCAGUCUGUCCCUCAGCUCACCAUCCGGCCUCCUCCUCCUCCUCCUCCUCCUCCUCUCCCUCUUCUCCUCCUCCUGGAUGUUCAGUUUGAAGGUUUUGUUUGUUUUUCUCUCCCGUUCUCGUAUCGUUUCUUCUCCUUCUUCUGUCGUCGUCUCUUCCGGGACACUUCAGUCAGACAGAUUUUGGACUCUCUGAGGUUUUCCUGGUUAAUUAAAUAAAUCAAAGAAAUCGGAUCAGGAUCUAAAUUAGUUUAUGUUGUUUCAAGUUUUUGACUUUUUUUCCUCUAAAUCGUCUUUUGACCUUUUCUUGACGCUUUAAUCACAGAAUAGUUUUUUUUUCUUUAGUUUCAACAUUUCUACUUCAGUCUGAACUCAUUUCUCUUUUUUUGACUUUUUUUCGAUUUUAUCUUCGUCAUUAAAAAAGUUUAACUUCAUCCUCAAAAAGUCAUUUUCUGCUCCACAUUAUGACUUUAAUUCUUUACUUUCUGUUUUUAUAUUUUUCUCAUUAUUGGACUUUAAUCAUGACUUUAUUUUAAACAAGUUUGAUUCAGUUAUAUCCUCCAUCAUUUUUAAUUUAGGAACUUUUUUAUAAUUAUUAUUAUUUUUUAAACAUUUUAGAUUUUAGUCACAGAAACUUUUUCAACUUUAGACUCAGAAUUUCAACUUUUUUUCUGAAAUGCUCCUCUCUCUCCUCCUUGCUCCUCCUGUCUCCUCCUCUCUGCUUCUCUCUCCUCCUCUCUGCAGAAUCAGGCCGUUGUUUAUAAGAGGUGCAUAAGGUCUCUCGCCGCUGUACUUCAAAGCGUUCUGGUCGGGGUCAUUUAGUCGUUUGUCGCCUCACGUUCGUGGAAAACUUACGAGCACGUGUGUUUGUGUGAGUGAGUGUGUGUGUGUGUGUGUGUGUGUGUGUGUGCGUUGUUGUUUGUAGACCAGCGUCCUGGCGGGUCCUGGAGGUCAGUCUGGGUCGGUCCUAAUGUGAUCUCUCAGGCAUUCUCAAAGCCGAUUGGCUGUCGAUGAAUUGCUUAACUCAGUGAAGAAGGCGGCUUUGUCAGGCGGGAAGUGCUAACGCUGGACGCUUCCUGCCCUCUCUUCCUCACAGCGAGGUUUCUCUCUCUCUCUCUCUCGCUCUCUCUCUCUCUCUCUCCGUCUGUCUCUCGCCCGUCUCUGAUUAAACACAAACAUGGCGAUGAAAUCUGAAAUCUGAAAUCUGAAUGGCGGUUUGAUUCCUCUCCCGUUUCUCUUUGUGAGUUUUUUUGGUUUGACUCUCUCAGGAAGUUGAAGCCAAAGAAACUGAGUUUGUUCUGUAGUUUGAACUCUUCCUCCGAUCAGAUCUGAGCGGGUCUGGACCGGCGCCAGGGCACAGUGCAGCAUCUGAGCGGCCAAACAGAUGACAGUCUCCUCCCGGCGUCCGUUGACCCCUCGUCAGCCCGCCGUGGGUUGGUAUCUGAGGGGAUGGGAAAAGGCCACAUGCACGUCGAUUUCCUCACGACUCGUCCUCGCGUCAGCGCUCAUAAAAGAGGAGAGGACGCGCCGAUCUGCGGUUCUCGUUAGCAGGUCCCCGCUGGCCCCUCUGCAGAGCGGCUGCAGAGUUCAGCGCCGGUCCAGAUGUGGAGCGGGGAACAGGACCCUGCAGCUCUGAUGGGGCUCAGGGGAGGAGGCGGGGGGGCGAGGAGGCUUUUCAUCGAGACGCAGGUUCAACGAUUAACCCAGGACUGCGAAGGGAACAUGUUGAAGAUCAGCUGGAGGCCGGCGUGUUUUCAGGAACAUCUGAUGGAAAGAGGCGGGAAAUCCAGAUCCUGUUCUGGUCCGAGUGAAAGUUCAGAGAGUUUGACAGGAUCAGUUCAACUUUUCAGCUCUGAACGAGAACUUUACUCAGACGUGAAAAUCUGUUGGAGAAACUUUAGCUGCUCAGAAUCGACAGGAUCUACAUCAUCAAGAUCUACAUCAACAGGAGCCACCUUUCAAACCCUGGUCCAUAAAGGUGUCCACAUAGUCAUCUUCAUCAUUUAUUAUUUAGUUUGGUCAUAUUUUGGGAAAGAUGGCGUUUGUGUUCUGUUUGCGAAUAGUCCAAAACUAAACGGUCGUUUUUGACGACACAGAUCUGAAGAUCUUCUCAGUAGAGCGCAGACGUUAAAGGUGAAGUAGUCAGGAUUUCGUUAAAGAAGUUGUGUCGUCAACAUUUGAACAUUUUUGAGCGGUCCGCUCUUUCUGACUGUAAACAAAGCCGUUCUCCACCUCCUCUAACCUGAUUGGUUGUGAGGCAGACGCUGCUCCCCCGUGUCGUUCAGGAGCCCAAACAAAGUUAGCGUGCUACAAUAUCGGACAGUAGAAACCAACCAGAAAGUUCGGAAAAUUGUCUGAAUCCUCCUUUGGCCACGACUGCCGACACAAGCAAGAAAACAAAGUAAAUACCGGAGACUCUGGAGGAAUAACGGGCGCUUAAAACGGAGGUAGACCGGACAAGAGCUAAAAAGCCGGGUCAACAUAAACCAUGGGGGACGCUUGGGGAUCUUGGUGACCCUGUAACCUUUCUGCUGGACAGGUAAACCGCUUUAACAAAGUAAGACAAGUGUCUGUAACAGAAGUGUUUCUUGUCAAACGGACCUGCUGUAGCGUGUUGUAGCGCCAUCGCUAAACUGUCCUCCCUCGGGUCCUGGACUAUGUCACUUUAUCCUCGUUGUAGAAGUCCUGCAAACAUUGUGUUUGCUGGUAGUCUGUUGGCAUCUACAGUAGCACCAAUGCUUUUGACUUUCACCUUGACUGGGCCCCAUUUGUAAUGAUCUGAAGGAUUGAUCUGCAUUAUAUCUGAAUUUAAUUGGAACGAUACGAGCGAGCAGGAGCGUCUGUUUGUGGGCGGGGCUUAAGAGAGGGAGAGGAGGAGCUGAGGGGAAAACUGGUUGGAGGGGUAGAGUUUACAUUCAAGAUUUCUCCUAAAAACUGGAACUAACUCAGAUCCUGACUACAACACCUUCAGUGUUCGGGUCAGAGUCUCUCAAAAUGACCUCGAUAAGGAGGCAGAAAACUGUAGCCUAGCUUGCUUGCAGGUUCUCUCAUCAUUAAAGGGGCGGAGCUAAUCAACAUCUACUGUGGCUAAAACACUCAAAAAAGAGUGAACUAUCCCUUUAAAGUCCAGUUUCUGAGCUCAGACCUGAACUCCCUCUCUUGGUCCUGCUCUGACUAACAUCCAGGUCUCCUUUAAACCGGCUCAGACCGGUCUGAGGGUCUCUGACAAAGGGCCGGGGUUUUAUCUCCGUGGUUAAAUGUUUGCAUGUGUGAAGGCACGCCGCCGCCGCCAAUCAGCUGAACUUUUGAGUGUUUAUCGUUCAUGUUCAUACCGACCUCGGCUCUCUGAGUGAUCCGGUCCGUCUGCGGGAGCGGCUCUGUGACCUGCUUCGUGUCUGUCAGGGCGCCAGUGUGACCGUGCCAUGAGGCCUGCCUUAUCAGCGCCUCAGUCGGACAUUUAUAACCCCGACCCUCUACGUCUAACGACCGUAACCAUGAGGUGGAAAUAAUGCAAAUGACGUUUCCACGGAAAUGUGUGUGUGUGUUUGUGGAGGGAGAGGUGUGAGUGUGAAUGUGUUAGGAGGUCUUUGUUUUCGUCUUUAGGAGUCAUGGAAGCAGUGAAAGUCCAGGGUUACCUCACACACACACACACGCGCGCACACACACACACAGAGCGAGGUUCACCGGCUGGACGCCAUGAAUAAAUGAGGUGAGAGUCGCAGCGUUUUCAUCCUCGGUGUUCUCUCUCUUUUCUUCCUCCUCCUCUUCGCUCACUGAAUGUCAGCGUUCACGGCGCUCCAGCCCUCCCAUAGAUAAGAUAAGAACCACAUGCUCUUCCCACCUCCUGGCAAGGGAGUCCCAGGCGGACCUGCUGACGCACGCACCACGCAGCAGCAGCAGCAGCUCCCCUCCUCCUCCUCCUCCUCCUCCUCCUCCUUCUCCUGCUCCUCCUCCUGCUCCUGCUCGCCUUCCUGCCUCAGCCUCAUGUCAGGAAAGUGAAAAGUAGUACCUUGGCAGCUCGCCCUUGACUCUGUGCCAGAGGGAGUGUGCUUCAGGAGAAGUGGUCUUUUCCCUUUUUCUCUCGUGUGCAUUUUUCAUCUCCGUGCUGCAGGAGCGCAGGAACAUCGCGCUCGCUGAACAUCAGCUCUGCCGGGGUCGACGUCACCUGACACGGGAGCUGCAGACACGCUCACCUCCGAGAUAAAAACACCAAAUAUUUGUUGGUUCCACCUUCUGAAGUUCAGAUGUUUGAGAGCGACUAAUGAGUUAAAUUUGAUUGAUUCAUCUACAGAUUAAAAAAACACUCUGGUUUUAAUUCCUCCCUUCAGUCCUCCUCGCAGCCUGACCUCCAAAAACCUCUGAUCUGGUUCUUCAUAAAUCGUCAUUUUCUCAAACAAAACUCUGAUAAAUUUGCAUCAAGAGCGACAAAAACUGUUCAGUUAAAAAGGCGGUGUCGUAAAUUUACCAAAAACGAGCCUCUCAAAAAAGUUUUUUUUUUUUAAACUCGUCAGAAAAGCUUCGAAAGCUAAACGGACCAACAGCUGCCAUUUCUGUGCAGAUACGUCGACCUCCAAACAACAUCCUUUACGACACACGACUGUUGUGUUUACAGUUUCAACAUCCUGACUUACGGUAAAAUCCACUCGCUUUGUGAGACCGGCAGCUCUGCGUCCUGGAGCUUCUCUGUCCCACGAAGAGGACCAGUGAGAUUUUAGAGACUGUCCAGAUCCAGGAGGGCGAGCUGAGAUCGUUUACGUGAAGGUUUUGAUGAUAUUUAGUGAUUUGUGUAAAAGGUCAGAGGUUAACCCCCGAUCUCCACCUUCAUCCUGAACGGCUAUAAAAAGGUCGUAUCCUCCGAUCAUAGCUGAUCGUAACCAUUCAAGUUAACGUGUCGAUUUACACCGACUUCUUUCUGUUCCUCUGCGGAUGAAAAUCAAAAUCUAACCCUCUUUUGGAAGAACAACUGGACUUACUUGGGACGUUUCGCCUAAGGUGAAACCUCUCAAGUAAGUCCAGUUGUUCUUUCAACAAAGAACUGUAAAUCAUAGAUGCUGCAUCCUCAGUUCUAAACAACAUCUCCAGGUUUACCCCCAAUGUCCACCACAUCCUGAACGUCUACAAAAAAGACGUAUCAGCUGAUCGUAGCUAGGAAUUGGCGAAUGGCGAAAAACGCCGCCGUUCUGGAUCAUUAGCGUUAAUUGUGGGUUAUACAGACCUUCGUUGAGCUCAGUGAGAAAGUCGAAAAAACAGUUUUUCUGUAAAUAACGACGUACCGACACUCUGUGAAAUCCACUUGCUCCGUGAGCCCGACAGCUUUCCAGAAAUUAACGGCCAUCUUUAUUGUGAUCAGUCGACCAAUCAGAGGCCGGAUCUGUGAUCAGCUGUGUUGUUGUUGACCCUGAAAACCUGUUCAGACCGGCUCGGUUCAACACAGUGAAUCCAGCAUCAGCAGAAUGAACAAAAACAUCAGUGUCAUUAAAUCGGAUUAUUUCUCAUCUUUAGCGUCUGAACGUCACGACCAUGAGGAGGUCACACAGUUCGGGUUUUGUCCUAUCACCAAGAAGAAGAAGAAGAAGAAGCGCUCACUCACUCACGGGUCAGAGAUUCCUAAAACGUGAUUUGCUGGAUAAAUCGAUAAAAAAGGAACACUUUCCCAAAACGACAGUGAGCUCCUUGUGGGACCGCUCCGGGUUAGAACCUUGUGAUUUUCUUCUGGCGUCACAGAAGUUCAUACUGAGAAAUAAAAGAGGAAGCGGAUCAGCGAGAGGAGACGUCCACGCAGAUCUGUUCCUCUGAAGAAGACGGCGAUGACACAGAGCGAAGCGUGGCGAUGACGGGGGAGGCUGAGUGUGAAAGGUCGAAUAAGGACAGAGAGAGAGAGACGAGGACUUUCUCUGCAGAUGUGACGUCAGGGGUCACCGUGGACCUGAACGGGGUCUUUUAAGGACAAAGCGUGAAGAAGAAGAAGAAGAAGAAGAAGAAGAAGAAGAAGUGGUCAUUGAAAGCAGAUUUAUUGUCCGGUGGAGUGAACCACUUACAGUUUCAGCGUCUCUAAGACUCAUUUACUUUUCCAUAUUAAAUCACACCAUGACUAAUUGAUUUCCUUCGUAAAACAGCCUCAUAAACUCGAACCCAAACAGCAGCGAGUGAGCUGGUUUUCUGAUCCAGUGACCCGGCUCAGGUUCUGUUCAUGUGUUCAUAAACAGAAGCAUGAACGUGUCUCUGGCCUUCCUUCCUCCGGCGGUCCCAGGGCGUGGUCUGGUCCAGAUCAGUCUUAUGCAACGAUACCUCCUCACUGCAUGAACUCAGUUUUUACACAGGAAGCCCAAGUCUGAGUCAGGCUCACGGAUCUCUGCCAACUGGGCUGCAGCCGCUCACAAACAGGCUGCACACAAAACUGCUUCCUGCCUGUUCGUCACUCUGAACCCACGUCAGGACCGGACCAGCACCAGAACCCACAUGUCAGGGUCCUGGACUUCACAGGAGGAUCUGUAUCUCAUGUUGUUCCGCAUUUCAAACUGAAUCAAGAACAAAAUGAAAGAUUAGAGCUGCUGUUUUUACUCCUCUGAAGGAGUCAUGAACCAACGUGACAUCACGUUGUGCCGUCCAAUCAGGACGAUGAUAAAGGAUGAGCCCGCCCAGAAACUGGAGUUUCUUCUGAAGGUUUUUCUUGUUCUUAGUGAAGUUUUUUCCUCCUCCUAAAGUCCAGAUCGUAGCUGUUCAGGGUAGGGCUCCACGAUAUCGGAAAAAAUGAACAUUUCAGGUUUUUCAACUCUGCGAUAUUUAUGACGAUAUUAAAAACUGGAGGAAUUUUUAUCAGAUGAUCUGAAUCUUGAGGACAGUUAACCUGCUCUGAUCUUAAAUCUUUUAGUGAAUGUUAGUAGAAUAACUUCUGUCUGUCUUAGAGAUAUUUUUAGUUUUUCUUGUUCUGGGACGUUACCGUGGAAACAGAUGAACACAGAACACGUGUUUUAGUCGACAUCAUCAGUCGACCUUCUUAUAACCGAAAUAAUUCCAGAUAACUGACUUUACUUUUCUUUUUACCGACAAGUCUUCAUCUUCGGUGGUUUUCUCUUGUUCGUUGAUCAUUUUGAGAUGGUUGUUGUUGUUAGCGGUGUUGUGCUGAGAAACGCAUGUCCGCCGAGAAUUGGCAUCCUCCUCGCAGAAACGCUAACAGUCGAGUGGUCCAGAGAAAUGUACGAUUUCAAACCUUCAGUUCUUAUUUGUGUCGAUAAACAGUGAUGAAGAAUGUUCCCAAAGUCAUCCUCAGCAGGUAUUCGUCUAUAGCGGCUCACUCCAUGUGCAGAGGGCGUGGUUUCCUCCUCUCUGAUUUUGAUUGACAGCUGGUAUCUGAGUAAAGAACGAAUGUGAUUGGUGGAUCGCUGCACAGUCAGCUAUCCUUGAAAUUAGACGAGUUCAUUCUCCUCCGACAUCGCAGGCUCUGACGUGUGACUAUCUCGCACACGUACAUCGCCAUGACGAUACUCAAACGUUAUAUCAUGCAGCCCUAGGUCACAGGAAGUCCGUCUGCAGAGUCUGACGUUCAGGUUCACGUCGAGGACUGGUUUGGUCUGAAGGUGCGGGUCUGCUCUGCUGUCCUGGUUUCUGUCUCCUCUUGAAUCAGGACUCCACAUCUUCAGAUUUCUUCCUCUAUUGUUUGAAUAAAAUCAUCAUCAUGUUUCGUAAACGUCCGAUUUUCUGAGCAGCAGCCUGAAAAACUCGACACAGACCUGAGAGGACGGCGUAAUCUGCUCUGGCAGAGAGUUCAAGUCCCGGCUGGAGACGGUAAACCUCUCCUAAAUGUGAGGAGAGGGAAUCGUCGUGUUUGUACAUCUUGAUUUGUUUAUGUUGGACGUGUCAGAAGAAGUCUUCACUGACAUUAAAUCCAGAACAUUUGUUGCUCAUCUCCAUGACGCCAUCGUCUUCAGCAGCGCGGCCUCAGGGGGAGCAGAUUUCUGCGAGGUUAGACAAAAUAAAAGAGGAAUGAGCGACCGGCAGAAGCAGCGCUUUCACUUCAGCUUCUCCCCCCGACUGAGCUCCUGUGGGUCCUGGUGGGUUCACCGUGGUGGACCUCAGCGUAUUUGCAGGUUGUUGACACUGACACACGUUCUGAAGCUCUGAGUGUCGCUCAGAGGCCGAGCUGAGACUCGGACGGGUUCAGAUCGAGUCAGAGGAGAGGUCUGUGAGCAGCAGAGACGGGUCGGGUCGAACCAGCAGCUCCUGAAGACUGAUGAUGUUUACAUUUUUGACUUUCUGCUCAUUUCUGUCUUUAAACUGGAGCAGAUGAAUGUUUUCAGUCUGAGACGAACAAGUGAAAGGUUUUUAGACGUCAUUUCACCCCGAUGACACCAUGGAUGAGGAGAUGCUGAUUCUAGAAGUCUAGAAGUAGAUUUCCUCCUCUGGAAGGACACAAUCUACUGCUUAUAUGUCUAUGUGUCUGUCUUUAGAGAGAAAUCGUUAUCGUUAGUUCGUUAGUUCUUGCGAUUACCGCUGUCCGUAAUCCACCUCAAAAUUCUCCUCACAAACGGAUCUGGUAGGAAUCGGCGGACAGCAAGAAUCGCCGCCGUUCCAGAUGUGGUGAAAAUUGGGGGUUAAGAGGAAACUCAUCUGUUCGUUCUGCUUCAAGUAAACAAAAGUGUUUUUUCCUGUUUUAACUCCCAUCAUCAGUGUGUUUUACGGACACGAUAAACUCUGUUUUCUUGUUAAAUUUCUCCCAUAAAAUCAAUCGAGUUCAUCGCUGGAUUAUUUGAUUCCUGCAGCCCCAGUUCUAGUUCAGUCCGGUCGAACCCUCUCGCCGCAUGAUCAGGCGUUAAAAUGAUGAGUAUAAAAAUCACAAUCAGGUCUUUUUGUUUAAAAGCAUCAGUAUAAAUGUGAGACGUGUCAAAAACUCCUCACAGGAUCAUUAAAUGAAGUAGAAAACUCUGAACCAGGCUGAUCUGUUUUACCUCCUUCCUGUUUCCUCCUCUCUUCUUCGUUUGUCGUCUUUUCUGUUCGUCGCUGAACUCAGAGAACGAUGUCAUAAACUCUGAUAUUUACGUGUGUGUGACAGCCGCUAAAUUCCACUCUGUCUUUGCCCCGUGGAAACGGGACAUCGGACUGUUUUUAGUUUUCUUGCACACAUAUGAUCUCCUCGUACAGAACCUGCAUUCAUGACUCAAACAGCUGCUCGUUUCUUUAUCUUCGUGUCAUUUUUCGGCGAGGGUCUCUGCAGGCGGCGGCUCUCCCGUUUCCCUCCUCCCUGAGCGCCUCUCUGUCCCCUGCAGCUCCCUCCGCCCGCCCGCCCGCCCGCCCGCCGCUCUCUAACUUUCUCUGAUUUAUGAAGCCGUGUGCUCGAUGUGCGUCAGAGCCGGCCAGGAGUCUCGUGAGGCGUUACGCUCCUGAAGAUCUGUGUCUCGUGUCUGGACAGUGUCAGACCGCGGCAUCCUCCACCCUCCCCCACCCACGGCCUCUCUCUCAAACUUACCCCCACCUCUGUUUGCCAGCUCGGCCCACACACACACACACACACACACACACACACUCUCUCUCUCUCUCUGAUCCAGUUUAGCUGCAGAUCUAAUGAGAGGGUCGAUGGUAUCAGAGACGUUGAUCAGAGUCAGGAGAGCUGGGAUCUGAAAUUGAAUUGCAGUUGUUCCUAGAAUGCAGUUGAAGCUUUUUAUAGACGACGACUCUGAGACACCAGAACAAGGACGCAUCAGAAACUUCCACGACCUUCUCGCAGCUCCAGCUGACCUUUGAAUGUUUUAAGUCCGGACACAUUUAUAGGUGCAGCUGCGUUAGGAAGGCCAAACUCUUUAACUUGUUUUAUUGAUUUAUUUUGGUAAAAAGUUUAUUGAGGAACGACUUCAUGAUGAAAUGUGUCACUGUUUACAGACACCAGACUUCUGAAAUCAGAGAAAUCUGCUUUUUUCAGAGCUGGACGAUCAAAAAAUAUGUUUGUUUAGGAUAUUUUUUUAGGUUCUAGGGCCCGACCGAUUUUUGGGGUCCGAUUAUUAGGGCGGAAAAAACUUGAUUACCAAUUAAUCUGCUGUUUUUUUUUUUUAAAUCGGCGAGUUUUGGCCGAUUACUGAUUAUUCUAAAACGGACUAAAAUUGGCUCUACUAUGUACGUCUCUUCCGGGGAUGGUCACUGAGGGGUGUGGUUUUGGGUUGUUUGGCGGUUAUUUAAAUCUCACCGCUGUGGUCAGACGAUGGUUUUUGGUCAGCUCUGAUAAUUUUCUGUUCUGUUUCACUCGUCCUGUUUUAACCUCAUUAUCAUCACUUUUUUAAUUUGAAGUCAAAGGUUUUGGACCUGGAUCAGUGUUUUUUCUUUCCUGUUUUUAACAAUAAAUCACUUUUUUAAAACUCAAACCGGACUGAUAAUUAAACGGGUCACAGAUGUAAGUGAACCUAAACUCCGGCGGUCUUUUUAUUGAAGGAAAACAGACGCUACAAUAAAUGUUUCAGUGAUGGAAUCGGAGUAUUUUCAAUCAGUAAAAUCCAAUAUUUAAAAUAAAUGUGGAUAUUUUUUUUUCAUGCAGAUAAUCAGUUUUGUUUAGAUGGAGGUCUGUGUUUUUUUUUCCCCUGUACUUUUCCAUUAUUUUGAUGUAGAUGAAGGUUCAUCCUCAGAUAAACUCAGAUUGUUUAAAGGAGUUUCAGGAGAAAAACAACAAUAGAUCAUGAACUCAGAGUCGUUCUCAGGGAAAUAUUUCAUUGGUUUCACGUCGGUCAGCUCGGCCCCUUAAAUGAGGAACUGCUGGGGGAGCCGGCUCACAAACUCAGCGACAGUUUCUGCAGACCGAGCUGGAUCUGCAACAUUUUUGGAGACUCAGGCUGCAGGACUCGUCUUGGUUUAAAAGUUCACUCUCUUUUUUUAUGCAGUUUGAAACUCCGACACAAACGAGCUCUUACGUCUGCAGUGCUGUGAUUUUGUUUGAUUUCGCUGCAAAAACUGAAGUGAGACAAACAUGCAGAAACUUUGUCCUGUGGGAGUAAAAAAGACGUUUCUGAGGUUUUAAUUUGGAGACAGGAUUUUCAGGAAGAAAUUAAAUAAAAUGCAAAACAAAAAAAAUCAGUCGAAAAUUCAAAUGAACAAAUUUCAGGACUGAGUCAAAAGUUUGAUCCUGAAAUAAAACUGUUGAGUUUUGAUGUGAUUCAGUGAGUUGAUUUCAUCCGGGGUUUUAGUCAGACUCUCCACUUCUGUACUGGGUGUGUGUGUGUAUGCGUGUGUGUGUGUGUGUGUGUGUGUGUGUGUGUGUGUGUGUGCACAUGCUUCCUGUGAUUCACGCUCAGACGCUGCAGAUUCGCGCUCUCUGUGAGGACGGUCAGGUCGGUGUUACUCCGCUUUUGUUCAGUCCAGACGACCUCCCACAGCUGAGUGUGUAUCCACGUGCACACACACACACACACGCUCCUCUUGUAUCCUCUGAGUGUGUGACUUUAACAUGAUGGUUUUCCCCGUGCAUCAUGACGGCCUCUCAGACGCCAGCAGCCGUAUUAAAAGCAGCUUUCCUUCGGCGCUGGUCUGGUAAAUGUUUUCUUCCCUGACAACAAAGACAGUAACCAGCAGCACUUAGCCGCUCUCAACAACCUAAUUGCCUAUUAAGAACAAUCGAGUCCUCCGUUAUCCCGCUGCCUCUGUUGGGGGCUGCCGUCCCCGGAGACGCAGCUUUACAGUAAACAGGAGCGAGCUCGCCGGCCUCUCUGAGAGCUGAGCCGGAGCGUGCACGCCACUAUCGCCGCCGCUGUUACUAUCACUCUCACCUCACCGCUCUCACUGACACUGGACCUCAGAAACAGCUGACAGUUUAACGAUCAGCUGAUCGGACAUAUUUAACCCUGCUCAUAUGAAUCAGAUCAAUAACAGGUAAAGCUGCAGGAGUCGAGUUUUAUUGAUUAUUUUGGCGAAAUUUUCAUCGAGUAAAUGAAUAAAAAAACAAAUUUCCUUUUGCAGUAAAUGUGAUUUUUCCAUCAUAUUGAGAAUAAAAGUCUUAUUUUUAUUCUUAUUUAUACCUAAAAAAUUUAACUUUAAUUAAAGGGGAAAUGUACGGACACCCGACUUAUGCCAGGGCCCCCUCAGUCAAACAGUCUGGACACGCCCCUGCAGAGCCGACAGGAAGUCCAAGUUUGGGCAGAAAAAGCAGCAGGAAACGAUUUCUCUGCCGAUUUUAAGACAUGAGAGAAAAUUUAGCUGAAAUCCGACGUCUGUCCAAGAAAGACGGUAAAAAAGGCGACUGUCGUACCGACAGGAGGGAUGAAACUAUAGCAGCUGCUUUUUAUUUAUGAAAAUCCAGAUUAUUAGAUUAUUACUUCAUUUAUUUUUCUUUCAUUUUAAAAAUAAAUUUAAAGUUUAUCAGAAACAUGUUUGUGGACGAUCAUAAACUCCUGAAUAUGAUCUUUAAAAUGUUGAAAACAACAUCAGUGUGAUAUCUGUGUUGUGUAAUAAACAGUCAGCUGACCUGCUCCGAAAAUAUCAGCUGCUGAAAAAAAACAAAUCAGAAAAAUGUGAUUUAAAAAAGAUUAAAAUUAACGUUAAGAGAUCAUUUUCACUACUUUUUAUUUAAGUUUUUUUUUUUUAUGGCAGGAUGAAAGCUGAGCAGGGUGUGAAUUUAACCUGUGUGUGUGUGUGUGUGUGUGUGUGUGUGUGUGUGUGUGUGUGUGUGUGUGUGUGUGUGUGUGUGUGUGUGUCCUCAGGUUUGACGGAUGAGAAAGUGAAGGCCUACCUCUCGCUGCACCCGCAGAUGCUGGACGACUUUGUGUUGGAGAGCGUGAGUGCAGAGACGCUGGACAGAUGGCUGAAGAAGAAGACCAGCAGCAGGCCUGCAGGUAAACAACCGUCCACCACACACACACGCACGCACGCACGCACGCACGCACACACACACACACACACACACACACACACACACACACACGCUGCAGCUCUCUGUGACAGAACGGUCAGAUCAGCAGAUUUCAGGAUGGCGUCGCUCUGACGUCCGUCAUAUUUUGCUUCGGUUUAAGGUUUGUUCGUUUUGCUGCUCUGAGUUUCUGGACCCUCGUCAACUGUUGCCUGUUGUUGCUUGAGCUGAAACCUUCCUGUUGGAGAGGUGGGCUGCAGGUUUAUGUCCCGGUCUUCAGGUGUGUCUGCUCAGACAGUAGAAAGAGCGAGGGCGGUCCGCUGAGGGUCUUCAGACGUGUUCGAGUCUCCACACUCAGCCGAGUGUUUCUCAGACCGACCGCAUCCAUCACGGGCCCACAGAGCUGGCGCUCGGCCCAGUCAAGCUGCUGACGUCAGAGGCGACCUCCGGAGACAUGCAGCCGGCUGAAGGGAGGCCCAGGGGAGGGGCAGGGAUGGUGGUGAGGGUGGGGGGUUCGCUGGCUCAGGGUGCGGGUGUGUAGAAGUGGAGGAGGGGGGGUGGUUUAGUCACAUUUUGGAGCAGAGAGUCUGUGGAGCGCGCCCUCGCUCUCAGCCUGCAUCUGCAGCUCUUCCUGUAUACAGUGCGUGUGUUUAUAUACACAGCAGCAGCAGCAGCACAUGCGUGCAUGUGUGUGUCGGUGUUGACAGGUAUCAAACGCAGGCCCUCAUGGUCAUCGUUCUGACUGGCGCCAAGUAGGGCGAACUUCUUUCAUUCAUGUGGUGGAGGGCGGUGCAGAUGAGCUGAAUGAUGAUUCAUGAAUGUCAGUGAGAGCAGGAAGGAGGAGGAGGAGGAGGAGGAGGAAGAGCGCCGGCUCGGGUUUCACUCAUCGUAUGAACCAUGAAAGUCCAUCCUGUCUGUGCAGAGAUCAGAGAGUGAACACAUGAAUGUUACUGUUAUUUAUGAAGGAGUGAUGUCUCUGAUGAGUCUCUGCUUUUUUAGAGUCACAUCAUGUCACUGUUGGUCAUGUCAGGUCAGUCAUAGUUAGUGUCAUAAAGGAGACCGACUGGACCGGUCUUUGUCAGUUUUGGACUCCGUACUGGUCUCAUGCAGGUGCAGGGCUCGACACUAGCUUUGUUCACAUGUUCUCCUGAGUUAAAAAAGUAAGGAGCACAAAGAACCUUAGGGGAUCAAUGAAAACUGAUCAAUAAUGUUUGUCUUAUUGAUCGACCUUAGUACUAUUAUUAGAAAUCAAUUUGAGGUCUUUUGGUCACAUGACAGUGAAGCUAUUGUAGGAAAACAGCCUUUUCUGAGAACAUCAACCGGUAAUUUAUUGACGGUCCCUUAUUUCAACACUGACGUUGACAGUGAGGGUGUCGAGUAGAUUUAACCGCGCUGCUGUUGUUAUUCCCGGUUAUGAAGAGCGAGAAGACACCGGUAGAUCCUCAGAGAAUGUCCGUCAGAUAUCCAACCUGAAACUAACUUCACCGCCGUAUUUACAGGAAAAUAUAUCCAACCUAAAACUAACUUCACCGCCGUAUUUACAGGAAAAUAUAUCCAACCUGAAACUAACUUCACCGUCGUAUUUACAGGAAAAUAUAUCCAACCUAAAACUAACUUCACCGCCGUAUUUAAAGGAAAAUAUAUCCAACCUGAAACUAACUUCACCGCCGUAUUUACAGGAAAAUAUAUCCAAACCUGAAACUAACUUCACCGCCGUAUUUACAGGAAAAUAUAUCCAACCUGAAACUAACUCACCGCUGUAUUUACAGGAAAAUAUAUCCAACCUAAAACUAACUUCACCGCCGUAUUUACAGGAAAAUAUAUCCAACCUGAAACUAACUUCACCGCCGUAUUUACAGGAAAAUAUAUCCAACCUGAAACUAACUUCACCGCCGUAUUUACAGGAAAAUAUAUCCAACCUGAAACUAACUUCACCGCCGUAUUUACAGGAAAAUAUAUCCAACCUAAAACUAACUUCACCGCCGUAUUUACAGGAAAAUAUAUCCAACCUGAAACUAACUUCACCGCUGUAUUUACAGGAAAAUAUAUCCAACCUGAAACUAACUUCACCGCCGUAUUUACAGGAAAAUAUAUCCAACCUGAAACUAACUUCACCGCCGUAUUUACAGGAAAAUAUAUCCAACCUGAAACUAACUUCACCGCCGUAUUUACAGGAAAAUAUAUCCAACCUAAAACUAACUUCACCGCCGUAUUUACAGGAAAAUAUAUCCAACCUGAAACUAACUUCACCGCCGUAUUUACAGGAAAAUAUAUCCAACCUGAAACUGACUUCACCGCCGUAUUUACAGGAAAAUAUAUCCAACCUGAAACUAACUUCACCGCCGUAUUUACAGGAAAAUAUAUCCAACCUGAAACUAACUUCACUGCCGUAUUUACAGGAAAAUAUAUCCAACCUGAAACUAACUUCACCGCCGUAUUUACAGGAAAAUAUAUCCAACCUAAAACUAACUUCACCGCCGUAUUUACAGGAAAAUAUAUCCAACCUGAAACUAACUUCACCGCCGUAUUUACAGGAAAAUAUAUCCAACCUAAAACUAACUUCACCGCCGUAUUUACAGGAAAAUAUAUCCAACCUAAAACUAACUUCACCGCCGUAUUUACAGGAAAAUAUAUCCAACCUGAAACUAACUUCACCGCCGUAUUUACAGGAAAAUAUAUCCAACCUGAAACUAACUUCACCGCCGUAUUUACAGGAAAAUAUAUCCAACCUAAAACUAACUUCACCGCUGUAUUUAUGCGCUAUGAGUCUGAGGUAGAACUACAUGAGAUAAAAACUAAUUUUUUUAGGUGUGGAGGCUUUUAUUCCGCCGUGUAGGUGCGCCACGAUCAAUUGCAUGUUGGGGAAACCCUGCAGGGGGAGUAGACUCUUCAGUCUCAGGGUGGGCGUGUCCUUUAGAAGCGUCCUGAUAGGGCGGCAGAGCCUGAUGUCAGGUCGUGGGUGUGUCCUGAAUUGAGCAGUUAGGGGAACAGCUGAGCCACACGUCUCCUCUUCAGACUCCACAGUCUUUGCUGGUUGGACUUCGAACCUCAAACCUGCGUCUCUAUUGUUGCUUUGACAUUUUUCUAAAUAAUCUAAAAAAACAAACACAGAUCUUGUGAAAAGUUGAUCUCAUCAGUUGAUUCGAACACCUCAGAGAAAUCGUUGUUCUUCCUCCAGAAUCUUCAGUUUGAACAUUUCUACUUUAUCUCUUUAUUUCUUCCUUUUUUUCUGCAGUCGGGGAAUAAAAACUUCCUGGGUUGGAUCGUAUCUGCGCAGACUUAGUGAUGAGGAAGUCUGCUGCAUUAACACACAGCCAUAAAGUAACUGAGACUCAGCAGACAUGGACCUUCAUUAUGAUGGAUCACAUGUUUCAGACGGUUUCAUGUUUCCUGGAAAUCCAUGUGAACUGCUGCUGCCGUCUUAAGUGCAAUAACCUGCUUUGUAAAGUGGUCGGCGUUAAUGCAGACCGUGUCAGUCUUUCUAGCGGGGCGUCAGGCAGUUACAUGUUCACAGGAAGAGGAAACGGCGUGGAGGAGGAGCAUCAGGUCACUGAACCGGAGGGAGAGUAAAUCAGAGCGUUGAGCAGGAUCACGGUUUUUACGGCGUCCGGUCUGAGAACGGGUGAACUUCCACAGAGAACCUGAAUCACAGACUGUGGGAGAGGCUGUAAAAGUUUACGCUGAAGCGUUCAUAUCACCGCCCUGUGUUUGAGUUAACGUGAAGACGCGGCGUUAAAGUGGCGUCUCUGCAGAGUCUGAAGAAUCAGCAGAGAACCUGUCAGGCAGAAUUCAGGGUUCAAAAAGGGUCUCACCUGUCCCUGUUCAUUUCUCCCCCUGAGUCUCUGACAUUGAUUUUAUAUUUUUGAGUCUGACUGCAGCAGCGGCGGCGGCGGCAGCAGCAGGUCCUGUCAUCAUGUGAUCGUCACUGAGAUAGCCGCAGCUUCCUGGAAGCGGUCCCUGCAGCCAGUCCCGUUCUCACUCAUCAUGUGAUGGGCUCCAUCCCAUUACAUAAAUCAGUGUUUCUCUGCACAUGCACGCCACUGUGUGUUUCAGUGUGUCGUCGGCAGAAAGGCGUGUUGGUGCGGCGCCAUAGAUGUGUGUUUGAUGUUCUUGUUUUGUGUUUUUUUUUUGGUGACUUUAGUUUGUUGUUUCCGAUUCCAGCUGAGGUCUCGGUUUCUCUCAGAUGUUGGAGUUUUAGGACAGAGUGUUCGAGUUUAUAAUUCUGGUAUUUCACUUUUCUUUAUUCUUGGUUGAAACGCUUCAUAAAACAUAAACUGGAGGACUGAAGGUCUUUGCUGCUGCUCUGCCUGCAGCUCUGACGUGUUUACAGGAAAGGUAGGAGGAGGUGUGCGCUCCCGCCUCGAGCUCGUAUGAAGAAAGAUAUUUAAGAAAAUGUAAAAAUGAUCAUUAAUAAUAAUAUAAACGAUAAAAACACGUAUAACUCUGUGUUUCCCACAAUCCCCCUGGAUUUAAUUUGACCAUCACACCUCUCUGCCCCUCGUCCCGGCGGCGUGUUUACUUCACAGCAAACGCCGUCGUGAUGAGGUAAUUUAUAAAACCCAAACACCUCUGAGCCCUCUGCUGUACACACACACACACACACACACACACACACACACACACACACACACACACACACACACACACACACACACACACACAUCCUGGUUUUCCUUUGCUGGUCCUUUUACGUUUUAAUUUAAUGUUGUAACUUAUUCAAAGUAAAAUAAAAAUUGAAGUAGUUUAAAGAAGCAUCUAGAAUCAUAUCUCUAUAGUUUAGUUUUUUUUUUUUACCCUGUAUCGAUUUUGUCUUUUUAUAUCUCAAUAGUUGAUCCUGAUUGAUCAUCUCUAACUCACCUAUUAAAGACAAAGUUCGUUAUUCCUAACAGUUCAAUAAUGUUUGACGACUUUAUCGAUUAUCAUGUUUUUCUGCUUCUGCUAAAUAAAAACUUUAAUCAGAUAAGAGAGACACGUUUGUUCAUGAGAGACUUUAGUUCAGAUCUCUGCAGAGGAAACAGGAUCACAGCUGUAAUCAGAGACUUCAGAGUCUGAGAUCUGAGAUUUCUUCUCUGCAUAGAUCCAUCACACACAGAGAGAACCUGCUGAGUCUGUCUGUUGGGCUGUUCAGGACGGUCCCAAAGUCGGGCUCCCCGGGAUUUUCACUGUAUCCGAGACGGCUCCAAUCAGCGAUUUUCGCUGUCCGCCAAUUUUUACUGGAGACGAAUUAUGUGGCAGAUUACGGAGAGCAGUAAUCACAAGAACUCACAAGAACCUGCGGAUUCACAUUCAAUCACGCGAUAACGAGUUGUCUCUAUGAAGACAAAAAUCUACUUCUAGACUUCUAGAAUCAGCAUCUCCUCAUCCAUGGUGUCACCGGGGUGAAAUGGCGUCUAGAACUCUUACGAUAAGCUGCAGAGUCCGGGGAUCCACAGAGGAACGGAAAGAAGUCGGUGUAAAUUGACACGUUAACUUGAAUGGUUACGAUCAGCUACGAUCGGAGGAUACGACCUUUUAGUGGACGAUCAGGAUGAAGGUGGAGCUCUGGGGUUCCCCUGUUUGUCAGCUGCAGAGUUCCUCCUCUUUGGCUCCAGCGAGGUCUCUGAACGUUUUGUUCUUUACCUGCUUCAGGAGUUCCAGUUCGGUGUCUUCGUCUGUUUCGUUCAGUUUCAUCCUGCCUGUCAGUCGGACAGCGAUCCUUGGAUCCUCUUCAGGAGUUCUGGUCCUGUCUGUGAGCUCCUGUCAGUCAGGCAGGGACCCCCGCUUGGAUAAUCCAACAGUUCUUGUACUUUCAGGAGUUCCUGUUGGUGACAGAAAACUGACUGGUCUGUCUGAGAGCGUGAAGAGCACGAUGACAGACUCACAAACAGAGCGUGAACUUGUGCUGAGAACAUGGUUUUCUCAAAAUACUUUAUCUCCACGGUGGACCAGCUUUGUCUGUACGGACUGUUAGCCCAGGUUCUCCACACAGAGGCUGACCUUCUUCUGGGUUUCUGUUUGACUUCAUCGUCUCUGUUAUAAAAGCACCAACCCUUUCAGCAGGGCUUCUGUUCAGGCGCAGGUUCAGACACGACAUGUGACCAGCGUUCUGGGUCCUAGCGACAGCUGCUGCUGCUGAUGUUUACUUGUUUCGUCCUGAUUGGACACGGACGACUCUGUAGAAGAAGUUAAACUGAUUUUCUAGUCUUUCUGUCCCGGGCUGCAGGGGGAAACCGUGGGGCUGAGCUGUGAAGCAGCUGACACGCUUCCUCAGAUGUAUUUGGAGUCACAAGCCGACAAAGAUUUGCUUGUGAAGGAAAACCUCAGAGAUCUACUUUGAUAAGAGAGCUGCCUCACCUUCAGGGCUUUCAAUCAUCUGAGAGGAGGCUGUUAAAAUACUGGGAAAUAACAUUUUAGACUCCGAUUAGACCCUGAACAGAAAGAGGCUGUUCUUUAGACCUCUCACCGAUCUGUGUCCUGCUCCAGGGAGGCUGAUAUUUGUCCUACAUGUAGAGAAACGACACGACUGUAAACCCGCGUUCGAGCUCGGCGACGGUUUCCAGAAGAUGAGGCCGACUUCGUAACGACACGAAAUCUCCCUUUAACCCCUUUGUCAGAGUCAGGGUCGGUGACGGCACCAAGGGUCAUUGGAUCACAUAAAGUUCUGGAGGUCUGGGCCCCGGGCUGCAGAGAGACCGUUUUAUAACACUGCAUGGGUUUAACACCGAUUCUAUUUAUGGGCCAUGUGAUUAGAGACCACAGACUAUCAGUACGCUCAACAGAGAAUUUAAGACGACUCAAAAUAUUUUAAUUAUCCUCGUUAAAGAAACUCUGUGUUACUUUUGUUUCCUGAAGUAUCUGGUAAUAAGAGAGUUUUUCUUUCACAGUCAGCUCCGCAGGCUCGGUCUUCAGUAUGUUCACAUGACAUGACACCCAUCAGACUUAAGCUCGAGAUAACCAUAGAUUAUCAACUCGAUGAUCUGGGGUUUUAAAUGAUUUAAUUUUACGAAUAAUUCAAUUAUCUCAGUGUGAAACAGCGAGUAAAUGACAACCUGCUGAGAGGAGAGGGAGAGAGAGAGAGAGAGAGAGAGAGAGAGACGCUUGGUGAGAAACUGUUGAUCAUUUACAGGCAUGUACGGACGUAAAGCUGUUUAUUCAUUUGAAUGACGGAGAAAAACAUGUUUUUUAUUGUUUGGUUCAUCUUUAAAGGCAGAAUCUGUUACUUCAGUAUAUUUACCCAGACUGUGACGGUGUUGGUAACUAGGGUUGGGUAUCGUUUGAUUUUAAACGAUUCCGAUUCCGAUUUCGAUUCCUCAUUUCGAUUUCGAUUCCUAUCGAUUCUUUAUUUCGAUUCUUUUAAAAGGCAGGAUAUCAUAAAAAAAAGCAUGGUUUGAAUGAGGGCGCUAACCGGAGCUCUUCUUUUUGGAUGUAAUUUCUGAACUUCUCCAUGAAUUUUUAAAUCAUAUUAACUUUUUAGGAACUUUACUAUGAAUUUCUCACAUUUUCAACCAGUAUAAUUAAUUAUCAUUUUUUGUUGUCAGGUCGUUUGUCUAUGAAAAAGCACAAGGGCUAACGUUAGUUGGAUAUUUAAGUUGACCCACCGUACUCAGUGCAAUUUGUUUACCGCUUCAAAGUUAGCAGAGGAUAGAAGUAAUUUAUUGUUUCACUUAUCUGAUCCUGACUGGUUAGCGGAAGACAGGUGUUGUGCUGUAGAAUGCACCCCUGCCGUAGAAUGCCUCCCCUCCACUGAUUAGCUUCUUAAAGUGGAAGACAAUGAUCUCAUAUUUUAAAAAACACGAGUCUUAGAUCAUGAAAACAUGUCAAAUGGAGCAGUAAACUUCCGUUUUGUUUUUCUGUGUCUCAGAAACGCACACAUAGAGGUGUACUUGGGUAUAUAAACUGUAGAGUAAGCUGUUAAUGUAGAGAACAUAAUAUUUUCCGGACAGUAAAUAUUCAGAGUCAGAGGGCUAUUGUUUUCGGCAUAUCUGAAUAGCCUGAAUGAAAUCAUUAAAGGCACACGCUUUAGAUUCCGUCCAACGGUAAGAAAAACUUGGAUUGUUUCGCCUUGUUGUGUACUUUCAACCGCGCUCCCGUCAGGGGUGCAUUCAACAGCAGGGGUGCAUUCUAUGGCAUAACACCGGCGAAGCGCGUCAAAGACGAGCACUCGGGUAUUUCUCCUCCAUGAAUCCUGAGGUGUUUAAUCAUGUUGGUCGUUUACCCUCCUUUGCAUGAUAUAACUGUAUUGCUAAUGUUGCAUUGAGAUAAGAGCUCAUUCUUCCUGCUAAAGUUAGCCAAACUUUUGACCAUCGAAGAAGAAGCUGCCGAACACCAACGAGGACGGAGCGUAUGAGACGAAGUCACACAGAGAGAGGAGAGAGACAGAGAGAGAUUACAUUGUAACCCACAGCGGCUGCAUUGCUGUGGGUUGCAAUGUACUUUCUCUCUCUGUCUCUCUUCACUUUCUGUGUGGCUUCGUCUCAUACGCUCCGUCCUCGUUGGUGUUAAGCGGCUUCUUCUUCGUUGAUUUUCGGCGGCUAUUUCUUCCGGUCGGCGGACUCCGGCAUCGAAACUUGGAAUCGAAAUUUUUAUAUUUGAACGAUACCAGAAGAAUCGAAGUUUUAGUCUCGAUUCCCAUCGAUUCUCGAUUCUCGAUACCCAACCCUAUUGGUAACAGACUCCUGUUAACUCUCCCAACGCCAAUACAGGAGUCUCCUUUUACAGUCUUCCUGUACAAGAGUCGGAGUUUGACUGUUUUCUCUAAGAUCUAUGCUAAGCUGAGUGUCUAAUAUUCAUGGUGUUGGACUUUGAGGAUAUACUAUAAGUGACUGAUGGCUGAAGACUCAUAAAUGGGUUGAAAACGCUGCUAGCGUCUGUCUUUGUGCUGAAAGUGAGAAACAGGAAAUUCGAUGUUUUCGCAGCUUUUCUCUUAGUCUACAUCUUUACCUGGGUUUUUCCUAAUUAUAAUAAUAAUAUAAUAAUAAUUACUUUAUUUUUGUAGCACUUUUAAAAACAGAAGUUUACAAAGUGCUUUGACAAACAGUCGUAAAGCAAAGAUCAUCAGCACAUGGAAAUAAAACAAAUAAAAAACUAAAGCUCAGAUAAAAACACGACCAAUUUCAUUUGUCAUAAGAAACCCAGACAAUACAAGAACCCUACAGCAUAAACUGAGACCAUGAGGACCAAAAUAAAAACAUAAAAUAGGGAAGAAAAAGAAAAGCAAUAAAAUGUGGGGUAGAAAGCAGGAAACAGGCGAAAACGACAGAAAGUCGAAAUAAGAGAGAGGUAAAAGAGAUAAAAGAUGAAAGAAAAGAGAAAUACCUAGAUCUAUUAUGUUUAUGUUUUCGACCAUUUCACUAAACUCAUAUUCCUCACACUUCAACGGUCUCUUUUCACUGAGCUCUGGUUUACAGGAAAGAGUAACAGAUACACUCAGCUGAUACUGCCAACUUGCAGCCGGACGUCCCAGCGCUCCACAUCUGACAAACAUUUUGACUGAGGCUGUUCCGGUUCAGGAAAGCUUUGGACAGAGUGAUGGGGUUACCGGAGGAGGUCUGCUCAGCCUCUGCUGGCUUCAGGAGCGGAUCAACACUCGUGUUUAGUGUUGAAGAACAUGUCGGCCCUCUCCCUCGGCGUUUACUAAAAGCACAGCAAGUCCCUGAAAAUAUGGGAUGGUGUCAGAAAAGGCUACUAGUGUCUGUGGCUGUGCUGAUGGUUGACCACAUCGCCUAGUGAUGAACACACACACACACAAACACACACACACCUGUAUGCAUACCUGCCAUUGAGGCCCAAGGGAGGGCUGUAUCCUUAGGAUUAUUCUCCUGACACACGCCUGAUGAAACAGAGAUGUUAUUGUUGCACAACACAGUGGGACAGACAGACAGGCAGGCAGAAUACUGCGGUUCCCGUUCUAUAGUUUAUAGUUUACGUGCAGGUAGUUAGAAAAAAAGUCUGCUGAUUUAUGACCUUUAAUUACUUUUAUUCAGUGAGGACAAAAACAUGACCAAAAAUACAAAACAGAGAUUCAAACCAUUUCUGUGUCCAGGUGAAACAGGUCUGUGUUUGUCAUGCUGGACCUGCACCUGCUGCACGUGCGCAUGCCUCUGUGUGCAUUCUUGAAAGAAAGUGCUGGAACUGGACCAACUGGUUCAUGGUAUCAGAUCAGCAGGACACCCACUCACUGGUGUUUGUUGUUCUCAGGCAUCAUUGAACUGGUUAUGUUACAGCCUUUAGUGCAGGCGUUCAGGGUUAAUUAUAGAAACGGGUAACCGGUGUGCGGAGGGCGGCUCCUCUGGGUCAUCCCAACCAAUCUGCACUGCUGUCGGUACAAAGACUGAGGAUCUAUCUACUCAUAGAUCUUGACACCGAUGAAAUGUAUAACUUUAAAUAAAGAAACCCAACUUUGUUUCAUGGCAACAGUGGAGGAGGGUUCCUGAAUGCUAUGUUCCAGGGUGCUGUUUUAUGCUGGAUUGUGGAAUGCUGGGUUCUGGAAUACUUAGCUCUUUGAUGUUGGUGUUCUAGAAUGUUGAGUUCUGGAAUAUUUAGCUCUUUGAUGUUGGUGUUCUAGAAUGUUGAGUUCUGGAAUAAUUAGCUCUUUGAUGUUGGUGUUCUAGAAUGUUGAGUUCUGGAAUAAUUAGCUCUUUGAUGUUGGUGUUCUAGAAUGUUGAGUUCUGGAAUAAUUAGCUCUUUGAUGUUGGUGUUCUAGAAUGUUGAGUUCUGGAAUACUUAGCUCUUUGAUGUUGGUGUUCUAGAAUGUUGAGUUCUGGAAUAAUUAGCUCUUUGAUGUUGGUGUUCUAGAAUGUUGAGUUCUGGAAUACUUAGCUCUUUGAUGUUGGUGUUCUAGAAUGUUGAGUUCUGGAAUACUUAGCUCUUUGAUGUUGGUGUUCUAGAAUGUUGAGUUCUGGAAUAAUUAGCUCUUUGAUGUUGGUGUUCUAGAAUGUUGAGUUCUGGAAUAAUUAGCUCUUUGAUGUUGGUGUUCUAGAAUGUUGAGUUCUGGAAUAAUUAGCUCUUUGAUGUUGGUGUUCUAGAAUGUUGAGUUCUGGAAUACUUAGCUUUUUGAUGUUGGUGUUCUAGAAUGUUGCGUUCUGGAAUAAUUAUCUCUUUGAUGUUGGUGUUCUAGAAUGUUGAGUUCUGGAGUUUUUGAAGUUUCUUAAAGAGACAGUAGCUGAAAUCCAAUAGACAGACGCUUUGACAGAGACACCAAACUAAGAUAGUUAAAGGGUUUCUGGAGUUGUAAAUCACACAAAGACCCAGCAGAGGUAUCAGAGGGAUGAUUUAUGUUUUAAUUUCAUCACAUAUUUCUGAUUUAUAAAUGUGUGUUGAACGGUCGGUGUGUUAAGCAUUCCCCUGGCAGUAGAAUAGAGAAAAAUGUGGACUGUACAUGAGUAUUUCUCCUCAAAGGUUCAGUGUCGGAAUAUUCUCCGCCUCAGUAAGUCAUUAUCCUGAAAGAAUUUGUAUUUUUCCUUUUUUGAAGUCCUGUUUGAAGUGCGGCUCUCUGUCGUCUGAUUGACGUCACACUGGGCCAGGAGUUCACUCUAAAAUAGCUCUCAUGGCUAAGUUGGGAAACUCAUCGCAUACUGGAGGAAUGUUUAAAACAACAAACAAUGGAGCUGGCUGUAAUUUCUGUCCUCACACAUACCCAGAGCGAGGUUGGUUUCAAAGAGGUCCAGGCUCCAGUCAGCACUUCACUCAGUCUUUCUAAACCCUCCCCAGCUUUUUGCAUGGUUUGAUCACAUGAAGAGUUACCAGAGAGAUCUGAGCCGGGUCUGUUCUCCCGAGCUGUUGACGCAUGUUCAAUGAAAAGGAGCCUGAGCUGUGUGAAUGGCUUUAUUUUCAUCCCAGACUCACUCCCUGACUACAAGUCCAGAUCCUGUUUUGAUUGGCUGAAGCUCUCAUGAUUAUCACACUGCAGUGUCUGCAUCCAAAGACCCGAGUCAUACGUCUGCUGUCUCUCCAACAGCCUCAAAUCACACCAGGAAUCUGCUCUCCGGGCCCACAAAUUCUGCACUUGUCAGGUUGAACUAAUACAGAACAGCUAAUUCUGUUUUUAAAGCAAGAUAAUCCGAACAAAUGUCUCCCCGCUUCAAACACAGAAGAAAUAUUGAUCCUUGAUCUCCCAAAAACAUGUAUUUAUGCUUGAAAAUACUGUGUUUUUAAUAUUUCUAUUUAAUAUUGAUAUGACUGCUGAUGUUGUAAAGAUGUGCAGUUAUUGUAUCUGUGCCUGAGAGGUCAAAGGUCAGGCGUUGGUGUAAUUUCUCCUAAUAUUUCCUGAGGGUUCCUACAGUAAUCAGGACAUGUUGAAGCAGUUUGAACAAUGAAAGGACUGUUUUUGUGACGCCUGUUUGUGACUUUAAGAGUGAGCAAUUCCCUCGUCGUUGAACAUGAAAUUGAACUUUAGCUAACGAGGUUUUAAAAACACGAAGAAACAGAGAAGAGUCAGUGAAGAGUGUGACACAGUUUACAGCGGGGAACUAACAGUAGCAGAGCUAGCACCACCCCGCAGGUUCACAUCCACACGCCUGUGCUGGAACCAGGACCAGAGUGUCAUCUGGUCUCCACUAAACUGCAGAUAUUAACCAGAGCUGCAGCCCCAACUAGUGGCAGGUGGUGGUCCCACAGCUUAGACACAAAGAAAUAGAGACACAAACACCUGUAAUCCAGGUGAACGUGUGAGGAUUGUGAUUGGGCGCCAUCACGUUCUGUCACGUUCUUGCUAACAUAUUUCAGGAAAUCAUCGUGUGAAUUAAGAGUUUGCUGAAACAAGACCAGGUUUGGUAGAUUGUGAGGUCAAAGGUGAUUUCUUCUGGCCCAUAAAUCAGAAAUUUUUACUCUUAUUUUCAGACUUUUCUUCAUGUCUCCUGAACAGUCUCUAACUUCGCUCUUCCUGGUUUUAAUUCUGUGAUUUUUCUCUUUCCAGAUGACACGUCAGCUAAAGAAGUCAGCAGGGUAGGUUUUUUUCAAUUUUUUUAUAUCUUUACUUUUUUUAGAAUGGAAAUGAAGUCUCAGAUUUGCCCAAAUGUUUAAGAAUAUGGAGGUUAACUACUAAACUUUAAUUCCCAAAGUGAACUUGAAUGAUCUGUUGGGAUAGUCGACCUCAUGGUUGAUUUUCAGUCACUGUAAAAACCUGCAGGUUAGUCUGCACUGUGUUGAGUAUUUGUUUGUGAGGCCCAAGGUUUGACUAAGUCCUUUGACUAUUAUCAUUAUUCGAGGACAUACUGUAUUAUUUAUGUGGAUGCAUAUAUCGAUGUUUAAUCCACUGGAACAAUCCCUCUGAGUGACACAGCAGCAUAAACUGGAUUAAUAAUCUAAACUCAAACUGACAGGAUCUGAGAAUAACGAAGGUGUUUCUGAACGAAGACAGACGGGCUGUUUGAUCCUGUUUUCGCUCACGUGGCUGUUCUCUGUGCUGCACAAUAGAUUCACUUAGAGCUGAUAUCUGUGGGCAUGCCGGUAGUGCUAUUUAUAGUUCACAGUUCAUGCAGCAGUCAUGGACUGUAUGAUAAUACCCGCUCAUGUGCGCGAGCGUGUCUGCAUGUGUUUGAGAGGGCGGAGGUGAAGCAGGUGGAGGAGAUAGUCGUGUCAAUGCCCUUGUCUUCUGGCAUCCCAAGAACCGGGUCCUGAUGUAUGUGAACCUCCCAGACCUCCGUUCCAGUAACUGUUUAAUUUACCGCAUCAUAAAAAAUCUGAAACUUCCUCAUGAAGUUUAUAACUCUGAAACAACCUGAAUAUUCUUCAGACAGAGGAUUCGAUCGCUCAUGCUCCACGUACGUUCACACCUCUGUGGUCGUGACACGGUCCUGCUCUCCACAGCAGGGUCCUGGAGCUGGGUAGUAAGAACUUGACUCACAUAUACAGAGCGGAGAGAAAAGGAGGGCCACUCGACCUCUCAGUGCGUCAUCCAUACGUCUGUACAAACAGGAUGUGGGAGUACAGAGGGCGUCCCGUGGGGGAGGUUUUCUAGUGCGCCACUCUCCCUGCCGUCCUGUCCUCACCCUCUCUGCAGGCGCAGAAAUAGCUGCCUCUCCGGCCCCAUACAAGGCAGGAGGUCUGCCUCUUACAUAACCGCCUUUAAGCCCAGGCUGAGCGGCACAGAUUGGCAGGACUCUAAUCAGAGCUGUGGGGCUCCGGCGGCCUCCUCUGGGGACCGCGGGGGGAUCCCUGCAGCGCUGUGGGGGGGUGUAAGGGUGGGGCGGAGGGUCAUGUUUGAAUGGCUCUGCCUGUCAUUCAUAAAAAGGUCUUCAGAUCAUGUGCAGCACAGACGCAGAUGUUUGUGGAGAUGCAAUUUGUGUGUGUGUUGUGUCCAGCAGUACCAGGACACGAACAUGCAGGGCGUGGUGUACGAACUCAACAGCUACAUGGAGCAGCGGCUGGACACUGGAGGAGACAACAAACUUCUGCUCUAUGAGCUGUGCAACAUCAUCAAGACAGGUACGAACAACCAGAACCAGAACUAUCAGAACUAUCCCCUCAGCUUCAGUCAUAGACCCCGAACCCAAAAACAGGAAUCAUAUCCAGGAUUUCCAAAACACCAGCUGAAGGAGUCAGAUCUGCUGCUUCAGGAGGACAAACAGAAGAAGGGAGAAUAAUCCGUCAUUUUAAAAUCAUCUAAAGAGUUAAAGGAGGAGGAGGUGAUGGUAGAGACACGCUCCUUCAGAGUUUGAUAUUCUUAUUCUACAAAUCAGUGAAAAAGAUGAAACCAAAGAUCCGACUGAAACUUCUCUUUGACUCUUUAAUAAUGGUUGAUGCUUCAGCAGACGAGUUGAUAACAUGACCUAAAUAUGAGCCCGAACUGGGACUGAGAGGAGCUGGACCACAGUCCGAGUCCUGGGUCAGAGUGUCCUGUUUUAAUGUGGGACAGUGUUGAUGGCUCUCUCAGGUCUACCUGUCUGUUAUAGUUAGAAAUACUUUAACACCUGCGUCUCCUUUUUUCCUCCACAGCAACAAAAGCUGAUGGAUUUGCACUUUACUUCUUGGGAGAAUGCAACAACGUAAGAGCCGACCACACCUCCUCUUCACAUCCUCUACGCUCCUGCUCUCCUCUGCCUCGACUUCACAUUUCUCUUUCUCUCUUCCUCUUUGUGCGUCUCAACAGAGUUUAUGUAUGUUCACUCCAACGGGGGCCAAAGACGGCCCUCCAAGCCUCAUCCCCUCUGGGCCCAUCGCAUUUGGGACAACCAUCGCCGCUCACGUUGCCAAGACUCACAAAACUCUCCUAGUAGAAGACAUCAUGGGGGUGAGGCUGUUAGUCCAGAUUUAUCCAUCGUUGGAAUUAAAAGUAACUCUAAAGUUAAAUGAUGUUUGAUUUCAGAUCUGUGUGAAUCAUUUUAGCCAAACUGAAAAUAAAGAAAGAAACAGGAAAACUUUAGUUUCUCUGGGUUUUAAGGGGCUGAGUGUCAGAUAGUAAACACGACAAACAAGGAAAUCAUAAUGGGAGAGAGGACGAGUCCAAACUGCUGAAACUAAAUUAUUAUUAUUAUUAUCAAUAUUAUCAUCAUUAUUACUUCUGUUAUUAUUAUUCCUAUUAUUUUUUAUCAUCAUCAAUGUUAUUAUUAUUAUUUUUAUUAUUAGUAUUAUUUUUAUUUUUAUUAUUAUUAUUAUUUUUAUCAUUAUCAAUAUUAUCAUCAUUAUUAAUUCUGUUAUUAUUAUUCCUAUUAUUAUUUUAUCAUCAUCAAUGUUAUUAUUAUUAUUUUUAUUAUUAUUAUUAUUUUUAUUUUUAUUAUUAUUACUAUAUUAUUAUUAUUAUCAUCAUUAUGAUUACUUUUAUUAUUUUCUAUUAUUAUUUUUAUUAAUUUUUUACUUGUAUUAUUAUUAUUAUUAUUAUUAUUAUCAUCAUUAAUAUCAUCAUCAUCAAUAUUAUCAUCAUUAUUACUUCUAUUAUUAUUACUACUAUUAUUAAUAUUAUCAUCACUAUUAUUACUUCUUUUAUCUUUUAUUAUUAUUAUUUUUAUUAUUUCUUUACUUGUAUUAUUAUUAUAAUUAUUUUAUUUUUUAUUUUUUAAUCAUAAUUAUUCAUAUAAGAUACAGCAAACUGACCAUCUGUAAAAUCCACUCGCUCUGUGAGUCCCAGAGCUCCACCAUCUCACUGAGGAAAUCUUCAUCCAGGUCCAGAAUAAAGUGACUUUGCGGUGAUUAAUGCAUUAAUUUAAAUUAUAUAGAGUAACUUUUAGUCUCUUAACCAAUCAGAGGCUGAAUCUACAAUCAGCUGACUUGUAAAGGUCCACAGACUCUGGGGUCCCUGACUCAGUAGAGAACUUUGUGUCCCUAAGCAGCAUCAGUAAACCUGUAUUAAGUCCAGACCCGGUUCAGGACUCAGGAUUUGAUGGUCUGUGUGUGUUUCAGGAUGAGCGCUUCCCCGACGGCACAGGGCAGGACUCAGGGAUCCACGUUCACUCUGUCCUGUGCCUCCCCAUCCUCACUGCAAUCGGGGACCUCAUCGCCAUCCUGGAGCUGCACCGGCACUGGGGCAAGGAGCCCUUCAACCUCAGCCACCAAGAGGUCAGUCUGAACCCGGUACUCACCCUGAACCGGAUCUGGUUAAGACCCCUGUGAGGCUCAUAGGGUUCAGAUGGAAAUAUCUUCAUCGGGCAGGUUAGGGGUCGGGUUUUUAAAAUGACGUGCUGGCUCAAUCUGUUCUUUGUUUUCUCCUCAGGUUGCAACGGCGAAUUUGGCGUGGGCGUCAGUUGCCAUCCAUCAAGUGCAGGUGAGUCCCGGAGGUCCGGUCUGAGUUUUACAUGUUCUGUUUGACCUCCCUCAGGACUUUUCUGGGAACAAGGUGAAGCCGAGCCGUCCCGCUUAUUAUGAUCCUCGCUGACUUUGUUUGUUCUGGUUCUGCGCCGCUGUUUUUACCGGGGGAAUCCACUGUGUACAGGAACUGGGUCGUCACUGGGCCCAGUCCAAUCAACGGAGCCGUAGAUUCAACAAACAGCUCCCUGAAGACGUCAUUACACCCCGCCGCUGUUUUUACAUGAACAGACUGCAUAACACCUCAGAGAAGCAGCGUCCCUCUGCAGCGCCGGCCACAGUGGACCUCUGAGCCUCAGCUCGCCACGCUGUAGCGCUGCAGCGCUCCGGGGUUAGCUGCUCGCUGCAAAACAGUCAGAGAGUCUGAGCAGGACUGUGAGACAUGAGGGCGACCUGGAGAGGAGGUCACAGCAGGGGGCGGGAAAGUUCUGGAGUACUUUUCAGGACAAAGUCGAAAUAUUACGACUUUAUUGUUUGAAUUAUUCGUGAUUUUUUUAAAUGAAAAGAAAAAAAACAGUCAGACCGCUGAUCUCUGUGAUCCAAAUCACCACAGUUUUACUUUCUAUUUAAAAGAAAAAACAAGUGUGAUCUUUGUUUUUAGACAUUAAUAAUAAUGAUAAUAAUAUUUUAUUAUUUAACAACAGGGAAUAAAAUUCCGCUCAUGUGAGUCCAGAACCCGGUUCUGAUCGGUCUCUCAGUUUGAGUUGAUGAUUGAAGUAAAUGAAACCCAAACUGAGACGGAGGACGGCUCCGCUCUGCCGACUUUACUGAUGGGAAUAAACGUUUAUUUGUCGAGGAUGACAUCCUAACAACAGCUGAUCGUAUAGAUGUCUUUAAAAACAUAGAUGUCUCAGAGCUCGGCCAAUCACGCCAUGAAACCAACACUAACGAUAUGAAGAUUUACCAAUUUCCACCUUCAUCCUGAUCGUCUCCUAAAAGGUCGUAUCCUCCGAUCGUAGCUGAUCGUAACCGUUCAAGUUAACGUGUCAAUUUACACAGACUUCUUUCCGUUCCUCUGCGGAUCGACGGACUCCUCAGCUGAUCACCAGAGUUUUUCUGGACGCCGGAGCAUGGCGGAUAAAUUCAGCACAGAUUAACCCGUGCUGGAAAGGAAGUCGGGCACAGACACAAAAUAAAACAUCCGGCUUCUUUUCAAAAUAAAACACGUCAUUUCACCCCGAUGACACCAUGGAUGAGGAGAUGCUGAUUCUAGAAGUCUAGAAGUAGAUUUCCUCCUCUGGAAGGACACAAUCUACUGCUUAUAUGUCUAUGUGUCUGUCUUUAGAGAGACAACUCGUUAUCGAGAGAUUGAACGUGAAUCCUUCUUGUGAGUUCUUGUUACCGCUGUCCGUAAUCUGCCACGAAAUUCGCCUCACAAACAGAUCGGGUAGGAAUUGGCAGACUCUUAGUAUGGGGGGGUCAUGAAGGACUUCUGGUUCUGUGAGGACUGAGGAGACUGGAUUUGACAGACCUGAUGCUGCUGCUGUGUCCACAUCGACUAAAAGGUCACAUGGUCUAACCUCCAUCUUUGUUUGGUUUCAGGUGUGCCGAGGUCUCGCCAAACAGACUGAGCUCAACGACUUCCUUCUAGACGUGUCAAAGUAAGAGCGGCUGCUGCUGCAGGUUCCAGAAUAAUCACAUGACUACAUAAGAAAGUUCUUACUGGACUGACGGAGGUCCUCAGAGUCUGUUAGAGAGCGGCGCUCCGAUGACCUUAAUGUGUUUUUUUAGGGAUGUAGUUUUCUUGUCUUGAACGUGGUCGGAGAGCUUCUCAUCUGUCAAACAUCUCAAUGCCCCAUUUCUUCUUUUUGCACAGAACAUACUUUGAUAACAUUGUGGCAAUAGAUUCUCUACUUGAACAUAUUAUGGUGAGUGUGAUUUCUGCAAGUUUGUGUUCAUUCCCGUUGGCUGCAUGUCCUGAGAGUGUGUGAGUUUUUGUCUUAAACCUGCUGUGAUACCUAAACUCAGGAAGAAUAAAAACUGUUUAAAGAAACUAAAAUCUGUUUAAUGAUGAUGUGUAAUCAGUUACUGAGCAGAGUGGGUUUAUUUUUAGACCCGGGUGAACCUGAAAUAGUCUCCUCCAUUCUGCUGAUCUGAAACAAAAAGGGUCUGUUGGUGUAAAACCGGAUUUUCUGCUUUCUUUUCACCUCUCUGUUUGGGUGCUUCCUCUUUUUUUUCGUUGCCUUGUGACUGUGGUGUCGGCUCAGGUCAAUGAUCUGAACCGACCUGACCCGUUUGGGUUUUUACUCCCCUUUGAUUUAAGCUCAUCUAAAAGAAACUCGAGUGAUUCAUGUGGUUUAGUUUUUGGACUCGUCUCAGACCGUUCGUGUUUCUAAUCAGCUUUUUGGUGUUGUGUUGCAGAUAUAUGCAAAAAACCUGGUGAAUGCGGACAGGUGCGCACUCUUCCAGGUCGAUCACAACAACAAAGAACUGUACUCAGACCUGUUCGAUAUCGGAGAGGAGAAAGAAGGAAAGCCCGUCUUCAGGAAAACCAAAGAAAUUAGGUCCGUGUGUGAACUCCUGCUCAACACUGUGUUUUUGUUUUUAGUCAAACUUAUCAGAGUUUUUCUUUUAAAAGUAAAUUUGUUCUCACGUCAGAAUACAGAACAACACUGUGGCAGACAGAACCAAACAGGAGAGAGAAAAAUCUAAAUAAAUAUAUAUACAGUUAUAAGCCUUUAUGUCAAUAUCAAAACAUCCUACAAACACAAAAACUCAAAAUAAUGAUAAUGGAGUAAAUGUUAAAAGUGUUUUUCCUGCAUCAGUCAGUCUAAUUUCAGAGUUUAUUUUCACACAGACAUGAUUCUGAUUCUCUGAUUCUGAUCUGUGAUAUUCAAGUGAAAGAUGAUCAACUAGCACGACAACAGACUUAAUGCACAACCGAAAAAACACACAUAAUUCACGACAAGUAAAUGGAUUAGUCAUAUUUUUUCCAUCAUUCAGAUAUAGGGCUCUAUUUUCGUGCCACGCCACCAGCGGACAUGAAAAUAGAGCCCAUUGUCUGAAGUAAAUGAUCUCCAGCUGUUUGUUUCUAACCUCACACAGGAAGAUCAUGACGGCGACAUCUCGAAAGAGGAGAGUUCAGGAUCAUUUAGACUUUCCUGUAAAUUAAUCAGAGUCGGUUUUAAAAAUGAAGUGAAGGGAAAAUUAAAAUAAUCUGAUCAUUUUUAUCAUUUGUUUUCCUCCAAGCUGUUAAUCCACAGUCUUCAUGUUAUAAACAGCAUUUUUAAAUCUGAUUUACUAUGAAUUUUCAUUUAAUCGAUUUAAUGUUGAUUUUCGUUUUUCACUCAGACAGACUGAGAGUCUGCUCUUCUCUCUGUGCUCCAGUCUAACUCUCGUCUCCUGUCCUCGGUGUGUCUCUGCUGCAGGUUUUCUAUAGACAAAGGAAUCGCUGGUCAGGUCGCUCGGACAGGGGAAGUCUUAAAUAUCCCAGAUGCCUAUGCAGACCCACGGUUCAACCGGUAAACUCCCAACUCUCUCAGCGAAUAUGCCGCCUUUUUAUUCUGUUCUCCAUCUUAAACUGACGUCUGUGUGUCCGUGUGUGUGUCCGUGUGUGUGUCUUUGUGUGUCUCCCGAGCAGAGAGGUGGACCUGAAAACCGGCUACACCACGCGGAACAUCCUGUGCAUGCCCAUCGUGAGCAGGGGGACUGUUAUAGGGGUGGUGCAGAUGGUGAACAAGCUGAGCGGAAGUGCCUUCACUAAAACCGACGAGAACAACUUUAAGAUGUUUGCUGUCUUCUGUGCUCUGGCCUUACACUGUGCAAAUGUGGGUCAAAACAUGAAGAUAAUAUUUUAUUAUUUUUAAACAGACAGCUUUAUAGCUUUAUAUAUUUAUAUAAGCUUCAAAGUGUCAUUGUUAGCUGGUUAAAUCUAAUUAAAGCUGAUGAAUCGUCUAUAAACGGGUAAUUAGACUUCAUGAACUCUGACUGUUUAAGUGUUUCCUGGUUAAAUUUGAUUCUCCGGCUCUAAAAUCCGGAUCCCUCUCCUUCCUUAAAUUAUAUAAGCCUUGGUUCUCCUGCAUGCUGGAUUCUGAUUGGCUCCUUCGAAGGUACCUGCACCUUUGACGUCGGCGCUUCAUCGCUGUCCUAAAUUCACACUUUGAGCUGGAGGGCGUGUUUGAGCUCUCAGCAGGCUGCAGAGAGAGAGAGAGAGAGAGAGAGAGAGAGCGGUCGUUUCCUUCCUCCAGGAUUAACAAAGAGCGAUCUUCGUUUAGAGUUUGAGGCGUCUCUGAAACACGGCAGAGUCUGGGAUCCUGCUCUGUGUGGUCUGUGCGUCUGUCAGCUGGAUCCUCUCCUCUCUGGUGGGCCUGACUCACCGUCAUCUCGUGCGACAAACUUACGCAGGAGCCGCGUCACAAAGUUGGUUUUAAAAUUGAUGAGGCGUGUUAAUAUUUCAAGACAAGGAGUCUGCAUCCGUCCACUGACAGGAUUUAUGUGGAGCUGUAAUUUAUGCUGCACGUCUGGAGGAAACUCGCCGAGGCCCGGAUCCUGAUUUAUGCUGAUUUAUGGUGGAAGGUGUGAGGCUUGGCGCUCGGACCGACCCGGCCGUUUUACUCCUGCCGGUCUGGGAAAGGGGACAGAUAAAAACCAGAUGUGGAGACAGUUUUUUGGAGACGCACAAAUAAAAUAUGAUCGGGGGACUGUUGUGGAUAACUUAACUCUGUCUGACCUUUUCGGGAAACUUCAGCAGCAGAGCAGAAAGACUUCAGCAGAGAUGUUGGAGGUUCUGACUCUGCUCUGUUUCAGUCCGAGGUUCUGACUCUGCUCUGUCUCAGUCCGAGGUUCUGACUCUGCUCUGUUUCAGUCCGAGGUUCUGACUCUGCUCUGUCUCAGUCCGAGGUUCUGACUCUGCUCUGUUUCAGUCCGAGGUUCUGACUCUGCUCUGUUGUGUGUCUGCAGAUGUACCACAGGAUCCGUCACUCUGAAUGCAUCUACAGAGUGACCAUGGAGAAGCUGUCCUAUCACAGCAUCUGCACGUCAGAGGAGUGGAAGACCCUCACCCAGCUCAACCUCCCCACACCCAUUUAUAAAGAGAUCGAAAUGUGAGUCACCUUCAGGGUCAGGGGUCAGGUUGGGGGGUGGCAGAAGACUUGGGGGGGGCGUGUCCUAAUGUAACAAGGACUGUAGAUCCGAGGUUAACUGGAGCUCGUCUAUGUGGGGCGCUGACAGAGUCCAGAUCAUAAACUAUGUAAACAGUCCUCCGAGUCACUUUAUGAACCCUCUACCUCGCCAGAUUAGAACAGCGACCAUGUUUGGAUCAGGGGGCGGAGCUUCAAAGGUUAACAGGGGGCAAUUAAAGGUGUUGUAGUCAGGAUCUGAGUUAGUUCCAGUUUUUAGGAGAAAUCUUGAAUGUAAACUCUACCCCUCCUCUCUCCUUAUCUCCUCUCUCCUUAUCUCCUCUCUCCUUAUCUCCUUCACCUUUAGGACAGAGGAAACUCCGCUCAGUAUCGUUUAGUCGCCGUCAGCAUAUUUUGAUGAUCCUUUAAGGUUAUAAUUACAGUCCAAACUAAAACCUGAUUGGUCGCUGCAGCUCUGGUUUCAUGUCUGUGAUUGAACCGUUAGCGUCUCUGCUCUUCGCUGCGCAGAGCUGCGCUCUCAUCCUGACCAGAGACUGAAAAUCAGACAUCUUAGUUUGAGUCAGCCUCUAGUGGUCACUUGAGGAACUGCAGUUGUUCUGUAUGUCCAUGUUAGCUUCAUUUCUCCACACUGACCUUAAUGAGGAUUUUUGUCUUAAUGAGACCUUUGAAACCAGAACCUGUGGUCCGCUUGGGUCCUGAUGUGAGCUCCUUUUCUCCUCCCUUCAGGUUCCACUUUGACAUCAGUCCCUUUGAGGAGAUCUGGCCUGCUGUCUUCAUCUACAUGGUUCAUAACUCCUGUGGAAAGACCAGGUACUGGACCUGUUAAGGUAGACCUUGGUUCUUCUUUGGUGUUCAGUCUGACCUCAUGGGUUUUUUCUCGUCCAUCCAGCUUCGAGCUGGAGAAGUUGUGUCGGUUCACCAUGUCUGUGCGGAAGAACUACCGGCGUGUUCCCUACCACAACUGGAAGCACGCGGUGACGGUGGCGCACUGUAUGUACGCCAUCCUGCAGAAGACCACGGGGAUGUUCACGGAGCUGGAGGUCUGCUCCUCCUUGUCACCUUCUUCUCUGAAAAUCAAAACUGUGUGAGUCUGAAACUUCUCUCCUCGGUGUUACAGAAGAAAGGUCUGCUGAUCGCCUGCCUGUGCCACGAUCUGGACCAUCGAGGUUACAGCAACACCUACCUGCAGAAGUUCGACCAUCCGCUGGCUGCUCUCUACUCCACCUCCACCAUGGAGCAACACCACUUCUCUCAGACUGUCUCCAUCCUGCAGGUAGAGCUCGACUACACACGACUCUCCGCACAUCUAAACGAUUUAACCCCCCCCCUCAGAUCCCGGGUUUUAGUCGCCCCUGAUUGGAUGGAAGACUUGAACGGGUUUCCUGUGGGCCUCAAAAUCCACAAAAUCGAACAAACAUUUCUGUUCCUUAGAGGAGCUCAGUAGGUCCAAACAGUGAAUUCUAGAUCCAUAAAAAGGUUCCUGUUUAGUUGAGAGCGCCCCCUUGUGUAUCCUCCAGGAUCUGCACCCUCUGUGUUGUAGUCUAGCUGAGCUGAACGCCUCAUAAGUGGAGCUUUUGCUUUUUUAUUGAUCUCUUUGUUUCUCAUAGCUGGAAGGGCACAAUAUUUUCUCCAACCUGAAUUCCAGCGAGUACGAGCAGGUGUUGGAGAUCAUCAGGAAGGCCAUCAUCGCCACCGACCUCGCCCUCUACUUCAACAACCACCAGCAGCUGACGGAGCUGCUGACCUCGCAGGCGCUCGACCUCAACAACCACUCGCACAGGUCAGGUCACCGCUCCAGGUCGUACUACGGGGGUCUGACGGUGAAUCAGGGAGAAACCUGCCGCUCAGAAAAAGACCGCAGAGUUUCUCCACGAGGUUUUAACGAAGCUCCUCUCUCUCCCUCCAGGGACCGUGUGAUUGGUCUGAUGAUGACAGCAUGUGACCUGUGCUCUGUUACCAAGAAAUGGCAAAUCACACGACUCACGGCCAACGACAUCUACGCGGAGUUCUGGGCCGAGGUAGAGUGAGAGUUUAACACCGUCAGAGUCUGUUUUAAAACUGGUUUUAAAAGGUUUUAAUAUUGAAAUAUGUUUUUAAAACUUUAACUAUUAAAAUUAUUUUGAAGAAAUUAAAGUAUUAGAAGAGUUUCAAUAUCAAAACAGUUUAAGAAGUUCAAGUAUUAAAAAAGUUUUUAAAAGUUUAAAUAUUAAAUUUGAAAUCAUUUUUAAAAAGUUUAAAUAUUAUAUUAGUUUAAAAAGUUUUAAUAUAAUAAUAGUUUAAAAAAGUUUAAAUAUUUAAACGUUUAUUAAAAGUUUCAAUAUCAAAACAGUUAAAGAAUUUAAAGUAUUAAAACAGUUCCAGUUUUAAAAUAGUUUUAAAAAGUUUUGAUAUUUAAAUAGUUAAAAAAAAGUAAAUAGUAAAAAAGUUAAAAAAGGUUUUAAUAUUAAAAUAGUUUAAAAAAAUUAAAUAUCAAAAUAGUUUUAAAAAGUUCAAAUAUUAAAAUAGUUUUUAAAAAAUUAAUUAUCAAAAUAGUUCAAAAAAGUUUAAAUAUAUAAAUAGUUUAAAAGAGUUUAAAUACUAUUUUUUAAAAAUUUAAAUAUUAAAAAAGUUUUUUAAAAAUUAAAUAUUAAAUUUUUUGAAAAAGUUGUAAAUAUUAACAUAGUUUUAGAAAAUUUUAAUAGUUUGUUCUUAAUCUCAAACUGUCUCUCUUUCUCUUGUUCCUGCCCUUUACAGGGAGACGAGAUGAAGAAGAUCGGGAUGCAGCCGAUCCCCAUGAUGGACAGAGAUAAGAAGGACGAGGUUCCCCAAGGCCAAGUGAGACCUGAUCCCGAACCCCUCUGACCCUCUUUACCCUCAACAGUCACACAUCCACAGAUCCAAACACAGAAAUUCGUCAUUUUGAACUUUUUAAUGGAAGAAAAACAAACUAACGGGAAGUUAGUCGUCAGUUUAAAAGUUUGGGGAGAAGAAAGAAAAAAGCCGAAGUUGAAAUGUCAGCAGUGGAAAAGCACUCGGUCCAAUCAACCCGAGAGCUUCCUGUCAGGUUCUGUUCUGUUUUCUGAGUUUGUUUUCGGAUCAGUGACACUCUCUGUGGACUUAUAAGGAGAUGGUUCCCUCUGCAAACUCCCCAUGGGACUGUCAUGGUCAUAAAUCAGAUUAUUGUAAACACAUGGCAGACAAUGAGAGGGAUUCAAACCAGGAGAUGAUCUUUUCAUUUCUGCUCUUUUAAAGUCAAAUAAGAUGUUUUUUUAACCCCUGUUUGUUUGUUUGUUUGUGUGUUUUUUAUUUUGAAGGUUAGUUUCUACAACGGCGUAGCGAUCCCCUGCUACACCACCCUCGCUGAGCUUUUCCCUCCAUCCAGUCCUCUUCUGAGGGCCUGCAAGUGAGUAUGAGAGCGGAUCUUUACAGAGUCAGAAGUUUCCUCCUCAAAGACAGGUCCGAUCUUUGUCAGCUGUUUCUGUAAAAUCCUGUUUACUGACGAGUGUCUGACUGACCCGAUAAUUAAAGUGUUUUAAAUAGUCACAUACAUAUCGACUUCUAAAGAAGGGACUGUACGUCACAUCUUCACUUAGAGAGCUUCAUCUUUGUUUUAAUGAUAAUUCUCACUAAAUUUAAUAAUUUCAGAUUUCACUCGUACGAUAAAACUGAAGGAUUUAAGUUCUUUUAUUUAAUCGAUGAACUGCAGGUCCGACAGAUCCUUCAGUCUUUUUAAGAUUUUAUAAAACAUCCUUUAUAAGAUCAGAUAUUUCUAAAACCUCCAGAUGAAGGUUUGAUUUGGCAUCAGAACGACGACUCUCACUUUUUAGACCGACUGUCUUUAACUCGUUAACUCGUUAACUCGUUAACUCGUUAACUCGUGAUCGUUAGAGACUCUCUCUGUGAGCUCAGUUUGUCCCUCUGCUUUUCAGACACACAGAUACUGACACCUCUCUCCUCCUCUCUCUCCUCUCCCCUCCUCUUCCUUCCUCCUCUCCUCUCCUCUUUCUCCUCUCCUCCUCCACUCCCUCCUCUCCUCCUCUUUUCCUCUCUCCUCCUCUCUUCCCCUCCUCUCUCCUCCUCCUAUCUCCUCUCUUCUCCUCCUUCACCCCCUUCUCUUCCACCUCCUCUUCUCCUCUCUCCUCUUGCUCCCCUCUCCUCCUCUCCCCUUUCCUCCUCCUCUACUAUUCUUUCUCCUCUCCUCCUCUUUUCCUCUCUCCUCCUCUCUCCUCCUCCUCCUGUUCUUUCCUGUUUUAUUUUUAACCCUUUAAUGACCGUGAGAGAUCAUGUUGAUUUUACUGUGUCCAUAAAUUCAUUGAGAAGCUGUGUGUGUGCGUGCGUGCGUGCGUGCGUGCGUGUGUUGGUCUGGUGUGAUCAGCAGCUGUUGUUCAGACAAACAGGAUUGGAGGUGAUAAGUAGAGUGUGUUUAAAGGUGCACAUUACAGCAUAAACCUGACACACACACACACACACACACACACACACACACACACACACACUCACUGACACUCCUGCUGUUACUUCUGAACGUCUUCCGGAUAUUUUUACUCUCCUGUUAUUCUGACGUAAACGCUCCGCCCCCUCGCUGUGAUUCCGAUGAACCUGUAGGAUUUCCUCGCUCACCUUUGAGGCGUUUCUUUUCUCUCUCUCCUGUUGUAUCUCUGAUUUCUCUGCGCCGACACUCACUGAGGCCGUUUUUGUUUUCAGUGUUUUAGUGGAAAAACUAACCAGGACAGAGUGUUUACUGUCAGCGCCUCCAGGCCCUGCAAAGAUCUCCCUGAAGAGGUCGGAUCAGCUGAUCUUCAGUGAUCUUUUUAAAGUCUCUCUCAACAAAAACUUUAUUCAGCUUCAUCGGAUUGCUCUUGACAUUUAAUUUGUCAUUAAUAGCCCAUUUUGUCCCUUUAAAACGAGUUUUUGUUCAACACUGAAGAGUUCGACUUUUUCCUCCUGCUGCUUCAGAAAAACUCUGAAAAUAAAGAUUUUAUUGGUUUAAAAAAAAGAAACAACCCUGUAAACAAAGAGUCAGGAAUAAAAAAGGAACUUUUAAGAGCAGGAACCUUUAACCAAAAACUGCAGUUCCCUGAGUGUCCACUAGAGGCUGGCUGCAGAAGCACCAGAAACCACAUACACACUCAUGAAGUGUCAAACACUCAGUCUGUGUGUUAUUGUGUGUCUGUGGACUCACUUUAACCGAAUCAACAACACUGAGUGAAAACCUUCGUCAUCAGAAACAGGAUCGAUCACAGAGCAGCCGGGGGGUCAGGAGGUCACACCGACCUCGAGUUGUUUUAGUCGUUUUGAGUUUGUCAGAAAAUAAGUUAAAAAUAUUAACAAACGAGAAACAACGUGAAUAAAUAUUUAAAAAAACUAAAUUAUUUUACUCUGUCAAAUGUCGACAGAAUCUGAUUUGUUUUAUUUCUAUAUUGCAUUUUAAAAAACAAUCAAGUUUAACAAAGUAACAAAAUUAAAGGAACAGACAGAAAACAUCGAGAUAAAAUUUAAAAAAGCAGGUAAAAAAACAUUUAAAAUGAAAUAAAAUAAAUGAAAUAAAAACCCAAAAGCAUAAAAGAAAUAAAAAUGAUAAAAGGACAGCGAUCACACGACUCUCACGCUGAGCUAAAAGCCGAGGAAUAAAAAUGAGUUUUAAGACAUAAUUUUAAAGUAGAAAGAGUCGAGGACAGAAGAGUGUUUUGGAUUUCUAGAGAAGCUCCUUUGAUAAAAGUUUUUAAAAAAUCGAUAAAGAAAAAAACCUAAAAACAAAACAACAAAAAAAGUAAAAUUAUUAUCACCAUAAAUACAGUCAAAAUUAAAGUUUGCGAUAAACAGUUAAUAACAAAAUUAAGAGUCAAAAUUUUAAGAUAUAAAGUUUGAAUUUGAUUUUUUUUAAGGUUUCUCAUAAUUAUGACUUUUUUAUGAAAUAAUAAUAAUAAUAACUAUUCCGAAGUUAUGACUUAGUGUCCCAUUAUUAAUUUGUAAUUAUGAUUUUAAAAUCUUAUUAUCUUAUAAUUAUUGUGACUUUUUAUCCCAUAAUCCAGAUUAAAUAUUUCAGAGAUUUAUUUCCCCUCAGACAAAGUCUUUAUUGUCUCUUUUUAAAGUUCUGUUUAGUGUUUUUUAAGUAGUUAAGACCUGGUCCAGAGAAAAUAAUCAUGUUGUUUUUACUGAUGCUGCGCUGCAUUCGCUCCUCCUGACUCGGUGCAUCAGUGCGUGUCUGCAGGAGCGCACGUCUGAUUCGAUGACACUGUGAAAACGUGUCUAUACGUGUCCCUCCUGCUUGUUGAACAGGAUCAUGUUUCACGUUUACCGCCCUCCUGCAGCACGCCGUGACCUUGGUCUGAGAGGAAUGCAAACAAAGUGAGCGCCAUCAGGUUUGAGCCCCGACUGGACGUCAGCUCGGACUCCGGGCUCUGGGUGGGCAGAGGGUCCAGACCCCGCAGAGUCCGGACACUUGUCGUGGGAUCUGCUGCAGACGUGUAAACGGCAUCAUGGGGGGGGUUAAAGACAACAAGAGGUGAUGAUGAGAGGCUGAAGAAGAUGAUGAAUGAAUGACUGCUGAAGUCCGACUGAGGGGUCAGUGACCUCAGAGGUUUUGUUGUAGGAGGGUCUUAUAUGAACCUGGAUCAGGUUUCCCAGUUUUUUAUUCCCAGUUGUUGAACCUGAUCUGGUUCUUCUACAUGCGUCUCUACUGCGGUGUAACUCCUCUUAUCUGAAGUCCUGACCGUCUCCAGCAGUCCGGUCUCUGUAGCAGCUUCACAUGCCCCCCCUAGUGGUCACAGAGUGUUACUUUACUGUGUGCAUGAAGUCUGGUCCCAUCAGUACCAACAGUAUUGGGUUUUUCUGGCGCUGAGGUGAAGCUCACUGGACAGAAUUUAUGAAUUUCCUUAAAAGUGUUUUUCAAAAUAAAAUUCACUGCUAAAUAAACUGAACUAAUCGUGAAGAUAAAAUGUUGAUUCAUGAUUGAUGAGACACUUUAUUUCUGAAAUCUCCUUAAAAACACAGACAAUCUCCACAACAAGGUGAACUGUAGUCGAGCUUACGUCCCACUCCUCCCUGCAGGUUCUCACUAAAGGGGCGGAGCUGACCCACAUCCACUGUGACUCAAAAACACUGAACUGUCCCUUUAAGAGCGAGGGUGUCACCUGUGCACUCUGAGGUGUGCUGACGGUGUUUUGUGUUUUUUUCAGGGAGAACCUGAACCAGUGGGAGAAGAUCUCCCGGGGGGAGGCGGAGGACAUCGUGCCCAGCCCGCCCUCUGAUUCGUCGGGUCCUGUGAAGGUGGACAACUGACGACCAAAGGGGGUUUCUGGAUCACCAAAGGACAACAACCUGAAUCCUGCCACGGACCUGAACUCUGUCGGAUUCCCGUGUUAGCGGGAGGCGGAUCAGCCGAAGGCGAACUUGACUUUGAAACACACACAGUUACCUCACUGGGUGACGGAGGUGUCAACACUGACGGUUUCACCGCUCCCGGAGACUGGCGGUCGGCGGACGGGGAGGGACUCUGACCCGUCUCUAGAGGCCCUCGGCUCCUCGGGAGUUCGAUCCUUUGAACGGACUCGUGGUUUUAAUUUCGCUGUUUGAUGUUAUUUUCUGUUUUUUGUUUUUUUGAGCUGAUUCUUUGACGGUCUUGUCUUUGCAGAGGCCUUACUCUGAACCUCCACAGGUGAGGAGAUGUGAAACCUCCAGGUGGGUUCAGGCUUUUCCUGUUUUUAACGGUACUGUUUGCCUUCUGUGGUAGGUUUAUCGUACGCGCACUACUUCAGAAAGGUAUUCCCAGAGACAGAAGGAAUGUGUAGAGCAGACGUUUGGUGUGGAGCCACCUCUCUGAGAAGGUGAAUGUUUUUUUUAUUACUUUCUGAGCAAAAAUCCUUUGCAGUACUUGAAUAAAGACAAACAGCCUAUAGAGGUGGAGGAGGAAGAGGACGGCAGACAUCGCCCCCUGCAGCAGAUUCGACUAAACGUGGAUGACCUGAGGUCGGAGGAGUCAGAUAGUGUCCCAGCUUUGAGGAGAGUCUCGGUGUUUCUGCCCCGUCCCCCCAGACCAGCAGGACUGAUUCAUGCAGACCGGCUGUAGAAAGCCAAGCCUGCACUAUCGAACCUCCGCUCGAGUCACUCUUUUCACGCCACAAUCCCAUCAUCAAUUAUUGACACUACAAUCUGGUCCCUCCUCAUCAAUCAGUAAUCAUUCCUACAAGCAUGAAUUCAGGACGAGUCGACGAACGAGGAAGCUGCACAAGUUUGCCACGUGUCUCCGCGGACCGAUCGGACCGAUCUCUUUGUUUGCAGCGGCACAAAAACCUUUUUACACGUUACCUGACAGCGCCCAGAUUUACACCCACGGUCAAGAUGUCACGGUCUCUAAGCGUGGGUGAGAGUGGAGUGAGUGUAGCUGAUAGUUUUUGUAAGUUUUGACAUCAAACUGUAGAGUUUUUGACACUGAACACGCUCACAGCAGCUCAGCAGAUGCCUCAAAGAUCAUGAGUUUUAUUUUUCCCACACAUUCGCUCCCGUAAAGAUGAAGUGCGUGAUUUUUUUAUUUUUAUCAUCGGGUCUCGUUCAUGAAACAGAUUUGUGCUGAAGGAAGUUUAUGGAUGAAUAUUUGAGUCGCUCUGAUCUGAUCGAAGGUACGAACCAAAUCUACACCUGCUUCUGCUCGUGGUGUUUGUGAAAGAUCCUCAUGAAUGUCAGUCGGUAUCAAAGACCAGAGUUUUAACCCUCACUGUGAUCCGCUCAUUUAAAUACGACCAAAAAAAUCUGUAUAAUUAAAUCUGCAAAAAGCAGAUCUGAGCUACAGAUGAGGUCUGCGUAAGUUUGUUAUUUUCUACCUUUAUUGAUUUUUAAAAUAAUCACAAAAAUACCGUUUCAAACAUAGACAUAAUAAAAGUGAUCACAAAAAUAUAAAUAUUAUGGUCAGAUAUUUUUUCAGUUGACUCUAAAAUUCAGAAAGUAAAAAUUCUGACUUAAAGUAAAAAUUAGGAUUUUAAACUUAAAUUAGUACAUUUAGGUCAGAAUCAGACUUUUUUAAUUUUACUUUUUCCGGGCUUUCCGUCUUUAGCUGCUGCCCCGCAACCCAACUCCAGAUAAGUCGUAGAAGAUGGAUGAAUGGACUUUUUCCCAGAUCUUAAAAGAAUUAACAGUUAAAAGUUUUUACUAUAAACUCAGAAAUCAAGAGUUUUAAAGUCAGAUUUUUGACAUUUUUCUGAAAAUUCGGACUUUCUUAAAGACAAUUCUGACUUUUUUCAAAUUUCCUAUAACAAAAAUAAAGAUAAAGGUAAAGUCAAAAUUUUGUUUUAAAAAAAGACAAAAUUUUGUUAGAGUCAGGAUUCUGAAAAAGGUAAAAAUUCUGUAAAAAAAAAAAAAAAACUAAUCAAAAAAAAAAAAUCCAAUUCCAUUGAAAAACGUCAAUUUUCUGAGGAAAAAAGUCAAAAACAGUCAGAUAUUUGAGAUAAAAGUCCAACCUCUGUAAAAGAUUUAAAAAAAGAAAUCUUGAAAGUCACAAUUUUGAAUUUUCUCCGCACAGACUCGCUGACGUUUCAUGAAUGAGACCCGUCGUGCGCUGAAGUCCCCGCCCCCGUCGUACGCAGAGCGAAAUCCUCCGACGUCAAUCAUGUUUGUGCAUUUGGACUCUUCCAAAUGACUUUCCAAGAUCUUCCAAGAGACACAAAGUUUGUCUUUAAACUGUCAUUCCAGCGGACGUCGUCCCGCUAAGACUGAACUCACCGCUCAUUGGUUCGUCGUGUUCUGACUGGUACUGUGGCCCCCUGUGGUGUGAAUGUACUCUGAUGAAUGUUCUGUCUGACUGCAGAUCCUCGGUGGGUGGCGGCGGCGGCGGCGGUUUCCGUCAUUGGCUCUGUCUUACUUUUACAGGAUUGCGUCCAGUAAGCUUCAACCAAGAGCAACAACUAGUGUGCGCCUGAAGAGACAUCGUGAUAUCGAAGUUAGCGGGUCGGGGCGUCGGUGUGAACAAUCCAAGAGUUUGAUUGGACAGACUGAGGUGUGAGCUCUGAUGGUGCUAAACUGAACGGCAGUCAUGCACUUUCUGACUGGGUGUGUACACUGUGUGUGAGUGUGUUUGUGUGCGCGUGUGUGUGCGUGUGUGUGUGUGCGACCCUCCUCCCCACCUGAGUACAUGGUUAAGUCCAAAACACUGCACUGUCCCUCCUUUCAGCACCAGUUAUAUCCCAUUGUCUGCACUAUGUUUAGCUUAUGAUCUUUAUCAUUAUUAUUAUUAUUAUUAUUAUUAUUGAUGAUGAUUAUUAUUAUUAUUGCUAUUAUUACUAUUGUUAUUUUCUUAAUUAGAGUUAAAUUUAAAUUAACUUAUAUUUUUUAUACAAAGAGAAACAAUGUUGGCCUUUUUGUUUUGUACAAAGUGAACAUGAGAAUCAACAAAACGGUCUCGACAUGUUACUGUUACCCAGAAAAAUGCGGAAUGUCUCAACUGUAAAUGUAAGAGCAGUAGCCCAAAUGACUUUUAUUAAAUACUGAAAAAAAACA